CCCCUCCCCUCCCUUGCCCCAGUCCCUGCCCCUCUCCCCUCCCAUCCCCCUGCUCUGACAAUCGGUUACGUGGUGCUGGCAGCUCCCGCUGGAAGCUUCGCACAAUGCUGCACGCAGCAGCGACUGCAACCAGGAAUAAGACCCCAGGAUGAGGGUGGGAAAGCCCCCCACUAACACUGCAUCAUGAGGAUCCACUGCAAGCUCUUGGCCAGCCUGCUCUGUCUGGGGGGAGUCCUGAUCCUGUAUCUCUUCCUGGGGAAUGCUGAGGAGGAGCCCCAUGUGAAGGGGACCCCAAAAGCCAAUGCACUUCAAGCCACGUCUGGACAUGGCAGGGCACGGCCCCCCACCCCUGGGCACUUCAGAGCUAUGCAGGACCAGAAAGCCCAGAGACACAGCAAGAAGAAGAAUAAGAAGAUGAGUGAAAUGAAGGCUAAGGGGCCAAGUCUUAGGUAAUCAGCACUUUUUAUGACUGUAUCUUAAACUACGGAGUUACUGCAGCAAGUGGGGCGUGGGGGUAGACUGUUGCCCUAUCAGGUUAAAAGCUGAGUUCACUUGUCAUUGUAGGGUUACUAAACUAGACUUUCUGUUGUACAAAACAUUUUAGACAAGAUAAUGGGUCUAUUGCGGUUCUACCUUUCUAAAUGGCCAGCUCAACAUUCUGACACAGAAGGCUAAAUAGCUCAUGACAAUUGUUUUAUUUCCUAAUACGUUCUGCAAGAGACAUUACUACUGCAUGUCCUCUUUAGCUGAUCUCAGAAAUCUGAUCCGCAGAGCUAGCAAUCUAUACCGAGAGAUUUGCCUGCUGUUCAGAAUAAACAUAGCAAGAUAGAAACAUAGAUUUCACAUUAAUGAAAGAAUUGACUCACGAUCCCUGAAAUCUGUUAAUCUGGAGUGUUUUUUAAUUUAUUUGCAUAGUUUAGAUAAGGAUGAUGUAUGAGAAUUUAAUUUAUCCAAUAGCAUUUUGCAAACAAUUCACACACACUGGAGCUACAUGGUUUUGAAUGAGCAGUUAAUAAAAGUGACACUUUUAUUUGGUAGUUGGUGGAAAAAAUUUAUUCAUAAGCCCUUGUUGAACAUUUCAAAUGGAUUCUGGAUGUACAUUAAACAAUGAGCGCCAUCUGAUUUCUGUAUAAUACAUUACUUGCUGGAUGCUGAAGCAAAUUUACUAAUGUAUCAGUCUCAGUGGAACUCUGCUUUAAUUAGUGCGUAUAUUAAUUUAAACCUUGCCAAAAGGGUCUGUGUCAGCAUAAAUCUGGCAUCACUAAAAUGUCAUCUGCCGUGCCAAGCGUGAUCAACAAGUUUGAUACCUGUAGUAAAUAGGAUUCUGUUUGAAUGAUACUCGUUACACUCAGGGGCCUGUUAAAAGAAAAUCCUAGCUUUUGAAAUAGGGAGCUGCUUAAAAAUUGGUCGCCCAUCAUAGUUGUGAUUUAUUUAACAAGUUCUUUUGUGUGUUUUUUCUUUUUUCUUCAUUGAACAGAGAACAAUGGUUAAGGGGCAUGGGAAGUGCAAAUUUCAUACCAACAUAAGUUGAAUUGGAAAAACAGUUCACUUGGAGAAUUGUGCCCUUUCUGCCGUUUUGGCCUACAAAUUGCAAUCCCUAUGUCAAUUCUCCACAAUUCCAGUUUUAUUGAAUUUGUUUUUUUUCCUGUAUCCGUUUCCUUUCUAAAACUUGCGCAUGUGGUAUUUGCAUCUAGGUAAGUGAAAAUCUGCCUUUGGGAGUUGGCAUGGGCCAUUAUCCUGUUCCCUAGUUGCAGAUGGCUAGUGUUCCAGAGGUAUGAAAUGUUCUGCUUUUUCACAUGUUGCACAACCUAGCAGUCUUAUUCACUAAACUUAAGAAUUUUAGGGAAUUAAAGAGCAGCUGACAUUUCCUCAGUUUUAGCACAGCCUAAUAGUUUACAAAGGUUACCUGUUGGUUGGGUUAAAAGUUUAAAAAAAAAUAAUUCUACAUCAGAAUGUUUCUACUUACAUUUCUGUAUGAGAUGCCCAGGAAGUCAAAACUAAAGGCUAUUGUACAAGGCACACAGCCUCGGGGAAGGAUAGAGUAUAGAUUGCAAGAUUCUAUCAAGAGGAUGGACAUCACAGGAAGGUAAGUAUUGUGGGAAAAUGGGACUUGACAAAGGAAGUAAAGCUUGCCUUAAGCUCCAACCUCUGUCAAGAUUUGUUAACUGCAGAAAAAUACGUAAGACAACGCAGUCCCUAUUUUGUCUUUGGUAUUUUACGAGAAGAAAAAAAAAAUUAGAAAAGAAGAACAUAUGAAGAAAGAGGAAGAGAAGAGGAAGCACUUGGAGAAAGGUAAGUUUAAGGUAGCAAAACCAUUAUAACCUAAUAAAAUAAAUUUUAAGGCAUCGUCUACAAAAAUGUUGGUCUCAUGUUUUAUAGUCAGAGUUAAGUGAAUAAUCCUGUGGGUUGGCAAGAGCUCACACUAACAAGUAGUUAGAGAUUGGCUCUUUGAAGGUAGAAUUGUAAACCUCCAUGUUUUAAUGGAUAGUAUUGAUAAUGUAUUAAAAAUGCAAAUAUGAGGUUGUAAAAGAAACCUCGAAAGUGUCUCCGUUUUGCAGUGACCAUUGAUAUUUCUUCAUUAGGCAACAGCAAGUAGGCCUCCGUUAAAAUCAUUAAGUUAUAGGGACAAGGUAGGCAUCAAAAUUACGUCUUAGACACUGCCCCUUCAUCCUUAGUGAUGUAAACAGUGCCACUCCUGAGAAAUGGUAUUGUUUACGUUUUGCAAUGUCCACGCCUGCCAUCCAUGUGGGGCUUUGGAUUAAAAUUAAUUCUAUUUUUGAAUCUAUUUGUUGUCUGGCAUUAGCAUGCAAAGUAUGCUGAUGCCAGACGCCGUUUGCUUCCAAUACUUCCCUUUGAGAUUUGCUGCUUAUGCGGUGUUAUCACAUAGAAACAUAGAAUGUAACGGCAGAUAAGAACCAUUCGGCCCAUCUAGUCUGCCCAAUUUUCUAAAUACUUUCAUUAGGCCCUGGCCUUAUCUUAUAGCUAGGAUAGCCUUAUGCCUAUCCCACGCAUGCUUAAACAACCUCACUGUCUUAAAGGAACGCUAUAGGCACCUAAACUACUUUAGCUAAAUAAAGCAGUUUUAGUGUAUAGAUCAUUCCCCUGCAAUUUCACUGCUCAAUUCACUGCUCAAUUCACUGUCAUUUAGGAGUUAAAUCACUUUGUUUCUGUUUAUGCAGCCCUAGCCACACCUCCGCCGGCUAUGUUUGACAGAGCCUGCAUGAAAAAAAAAAACUGGUUUCACUUUCAAACAGAUGUAAUUUACCUUAAAUAAUUGUAUAUCAAUCUCUAAAUUGAACUUUAAUCACAUACAGGAGGCUCUUGCAGGGUCUAGCAAGCUAUUAAAAAAGCAGGGGAUAAGAAAAUCUUAAACAGAACUUGCAAUAAAGAAAGCCUAAAUAGGGCUCUCUUUACAUGAAGUGUUCAUGGAAGGCUGUGCAAGUCACAUGCAGGGAGGUGUGACUAGGGUUCAUAAACAAAGGGAUUUAACAACUAAAUGGCAGAGGAUUGAGCAGUGGGGCUGCAGGGGCAUGUUCUAUACACCAAAACUGCUUCAUUAAGCUAAAGUUGUUCAGGUGACUAUAGUGUCCCUUUAACCUCUACCACUUCAGCUGGAAGGCUAUUCCAUGCAUCCACUACCCUCUCAGUAAAGUAAUACUUCCUGAUAUUUUCAAACCUUUGCCCCUCUAAUUUAAGACUAUGUCCUCUUGUUGUGGUAGUUUUUCUUCUUUUAAAUAUACCCUCCUCCUUUACUGUGUUGAUUCCCUUUAUGUAUUUAAAUGUUUCUAUCAUAUCACCAUUGCUUAUUUUCCUAAGCUGUCUAGAAAUAAAUUGUGCUUUCACACAAACCUAAUAAUCCAGUCUUAGUACUUAAAAAAUGUAAAUACCUUUUUAGUGACUGAGGUUUAAAUACCUCUAGUGACUGUCACUAGAGGUGAUUUCUCCAAAAUAGUCAAAUGGCAGAGUUCUGUCGCUGAUGAUCGCAGCUAACAAAGGGGGAAGGCAGCUCAGAGACUGGCUCUAUAAGGGAGGAAAGUUAAGUAAUUAGGCAUUUUACCAACUUACAGGGAGAGCCAGGAACAUGACUAGUUAGAAGGGUGGUAUUUGUAUUCCUAACACUAUAGUGCUUCUUUAACAUGUCAAUUUAAUUUGAAUAGUCUGAAUCCUUAAAAAUCAAUUAACUCAUACAAUUUGUUUCAAGCAAUUAUUUUAAAAUGCUUAAACUUUUCUUAAAGAAACACUCACAGUCCAUAACACUGCACAUACAGAUAUUAACCUGUUCGCUGCCGGAGAUAUAACUCCACCUCCAACAAAGCCAUUAGCCAGCCCAGUACAAGUUUCUAAGGUGGCUAAUGCCAAUUCUGUGCAAAAUUGGUGCCUGAUACCAGCAUGAAUGUGUGAGAGUUGAGCAGACUUGUGUCCAAUCAGAAGCUUCUCAUAGAGAAGCAUUGAUUAAAAACUCCUCAUGCGUGGCAGUCUCCACAAUCCACGGACAAUACAUGGUAGAAAGCUCUAAGUUGACAGCCAGGAGGUGUACCGGGAUUUAUAAAAAAUAUGAAAUAAACCCUUUUUACCUGGGAUCUGCUGGUUGCCUCUCCUUGCCUCCAGUACAGGCUGCUGGAGCGCCCUAAACUCUCUGUUUGAGCUUAGCUCGUUGGCUGAUGAGCCAAUGACCUAAGCAGGAGCUUCUGGCUCUUGAUUGGAGGGGGGAGCAACACCUGGUGGGCCCCCAUUGUUCUACAACAGUUUGACUACUUAUAGUGGGGGAGUUCCAGGGCAUUUCCGGCACAAUAACCAUUACAUCAUGCUGUAGUGGUUUUGGUGUUUGGAGUUUUUCUUUACUACUACUUUGUAAAAUCUAAAUCUUUUUACUUACGUAUAUUUCUGAUUUCUUCUUUAAAGUGUGAAUAAAUUGUAGUCUUUGUAGUAUCACUCUACUUUAGACAUACGCAUUCAGAGUAUUGCUUCCUUUUGUAAAAUUAAUUGUUAUGUAGCCGUAGGCUUGAUCUGUUUAUGUACUGUAUAAAUCCAUAGACAGACCGUACCUACCUGGAGGCUAGAAGAAUUUCUGUAGAAGUGGAAUGGUAAUAAGAGAAGAGACAAAGUUCAGAGCAAAGAAAAAAGGUUGUGCGAGUGUCUAGACACAUCAGAGCUGCCAGUUUAAAGGCAUGUUGGCAUCUCUCAGUAUUUAACUAGAACGGCAGUACAAUGCCCUUUAGAGUCUUUAAUGAAAGUAUUCCGCACCGGCUACGAUAAUCUGGUUUCACAAAUUAUAUUAUUGCAGUAUUUUGCCUCUUAGUGAGGGAUGGAAAAUAUAUAUCUUGAGGGCUGCUUAUUAUCUGGGUAAGGCCUUAGCUGCUCAAAGAAUCUGAAACAUAGAUUUUGACAGAUGAUAAAAGACAAUUGGUCCAUCUAGUCAGCCAAUUCCUUAUCUAAAAGCACAUACUUUAUUUCUAUUCUUGAUUUGGUUUUUAAGAUUGCAGUGUGUUCUUCCUGAACCAGUUCAAUCAAUCUGGGCUACCUCUACUGAAAGGCAUCUCCACGCAUCAACAACUGUUUAUUUAAAUAUAAAUAAAAAUCAGAAAGGUGUCUUCUUCUGGCUGUUGUCUUUGUACAGUGUUAUAAAAACCCUGCUCAAUCUAGCAGAUAUUUUAUAAUAUAGGUUAACUAAAUUAUGAAAUUAAUAUUUUCAACAAUUUCUUUAUGAAACUAUAUUAAUAACCUUAAAUACCUAGUAUAAAAUCAGACUCUACACCCAUUACUUUCUACAACCAAAAUAACUUAUUUAACGAGGCUGAACAAACUAGUUUUGUACAACAAAGCGGUACAUUGAUUACAUUGGAAAAAUAAGACCUAAUAAUAGAAAUAGCACAUUAUAUAUGUAUAUCCUUUUAAGAAUCCUUGUUUUGGAGAUGUGGUGUCCUGCAGAGUGGUCCAAUAAGAGAGAGAGAAGAACUUUUACAAAGACUUAACUAGUCUUCUAUUCUCUACCUUUGAUCAUCAUUCCAUCCCAUCUCAUGUGGUGGUGCUUAAGACCACCUGGCUUCCUCCAGGGUAAAAAUGCGAACUCAACUUUGGUCGUUAAACACACCCGGGCACUCUUGCUCCUACAACAACAAUUUAAGGGGGUUAGAGAGGGGGUAAUUUGUUCUAGUAGACAUCUUCACAACAAGGCUGACCAGUUGCCUCUUAAUAAGACCUUGCAUACAACUACAAUGCUACUCAAAUAGAACAAAUAUAUUAGGAUUAUCUUUAGCCUAAUUACCUUGGCAGUUUGAUGUGAUGAUACCUAAUGUUAAUCAAAGCGCUGGUUUUACAUAGAGUGAGCUUAUCUCUUUUAUUUUGUUAAAUUCAUAAAGGUAUUUCUAUAUAUGUAUCUGAUGCCACCAGAAAUUGUGAGGUCCCUUUCAAAACCACUUGUUAGGUUCCCCAAAUAUAGAUUCCCAGACAAAUAUUCAUACCAAUACACUUUUCCUGGUACAGAGAUUCACACCCAGAUACACUCUUCAAGAUACACAAACACAUUGCCAGACACAUGCAUUCACAGACACAAACACACUCACAUUUAAAUACAUUUUAGGCACAAUCCUGUCUGCCUGCCUUUUUACCCCAGGAGGGGUCUGGUGGGAGCAUGUUGAAACAGGUUACUGGCUCCAUUUGAACUUCUAUUUGACUUCCUUAGAGCUUGAGGAGGAAAUUAUAAUAAAACAGGAGAGGCCAAUCCAUAAAUUUAGUCAAGAGAUUUCUCUCUUCCAAACCAACUUGUAAUGGAAUUUAUCUUUCUUCUUCUCAUAGUCUGCGGUACACAUGGAACGUUUGUCACAUUUCUGCUGAAUCCUUCCAAUGACGAGUCAAGUAUUUUAAUGAUCAAAGCUCAAUAACGUGUCAGCAUGGAAAGUCAAAAGAUUGGAGCUCCCAACAAUCUAUACUUUGUUGUUGCAGCAUGUCAAACCGUUCUCUAACUAAACUGUCAUUUUUAUAUCUCAGAGUCACUCAGACACAGUCGUUUAUAGACAUGCUGCUCUCCUUGGCAUUUUUACACAGGGCUGAAGACGAUGUAGACUAAACGCAGAUGGAACCAUAAAAGCAUUUCAUUCUGAAAUAAAAACAAACAAAGAAUGGUUUUACAGAAAUCUGGCAUGCAGAAAGAAAUGUUCUGAUUUAGGAGAGUCAGUCAACGGUCUUUGUAUGCUGCUAUCUCUCUACUCCUCAUAGCAGAUAGUGCUUCAGUCCUGCACAGUCCCAUCUCAGUGUGUUAAGGGGUCUUAUCAAAACAGCACUGUGACCUGUGAGUUUUUCAUAAAAUAGAUUCUUUAUGGAGAAACCUUAUGAAUGCACUGAAACUCCACUGAAAUUCUAAAGUCAUAAAAAGAUGACUUGAGACAAAGUUUGGGGCUACAUUGUAUUUGUUAUCUUGUUUAGGACCUGGUUUCUAACCUGUGGCUUGUUUACACCAGUGGUUACGCCUAGCCCCAAAACAGGGCUACGCCAAGAGCUGGCCGGCUGGGUAGGUGCCGAUCUACCCAGAUGUCAUGUUCCUUACUUUGCCCAAAUAUACAGUGUCCCGGGAGAGGAUGUAAUCUGUGCUCUUCCAUCACUGCUCCCUGCAGUGAUUCCGGGAGCCAGGUUAUGAUGUCACUCUGGCUUUGCUGUUCUAUGGGCAUCAGGUGUACUUUUGACAUUUUCUAGACCUGCAGGGUUACUUCUCAGUGUUGAAAAACACUGGUAGAACAUGCUUUUUUUUUUGGCAAAAUGUGGCAAUUGGCACAGUUCUCAACGCCAUACCCUGCCCUUUUCCUUGAGCCAUUAGUUACAAUAAAUUAGUUACCAUUACAACUGAAAAUAAGCAUAGUUUUAUGUUAUAUGCAACGGAUACUUUGGCACGUCAUUGAACUAGUGCAAGUACUGAAAAUUUAAAGAUAUCAAAAGUGAUGUGUAUAAUGUUUGUUAUUAUAUAGUCACAUUUAUAUCUUCAGUCUCCGCUACUCAGUUUUCUUGCUAACAAGCUUAUUCUGUUUUUUUCUCAAACAAUACAUUGGCUUUGGGCCAGGGGUUUCAUUUCCAGUUAACACUCUGGAUUGCUUAUUUUAUAAAUACAUUCUGUGCUCAUCCCUCCUUGUUAGUUGGCUGGGAUAAUUGCAUGUUUAACGUUCCAAAACAACCAUUAAAAAUGUUAUGAUUUCAAAGAUCAAAAUGUUCUGUUGUCAGAUAUAUCUUAUUUGGCUUAUUUCUAUUGGAUUUUUAGCUAUCUGUUACCUCAAAAGACCAUUUUACAUUUAUAUUGUGGCCACUAUUAUCUAAAAUACAUGUUAGGAAAGUAUAAGAAUUCUCCAGCUACUCACUAAACUUAAAAACAAAAAAAAAAAAAAACCCCAAAGCCUGCAUUAUAUAUUUGGGGACCCUGACAUUUCUCAGAGCAACACUGGUGCCAGGGUGCCACUGACGAGGAUGACCUGCUAUUUGACUCCAGACUACAUACAGUAAGAGAAACUCUACCACUGCCAGUAUGUACACAAACCACUAUGAACCCACAAACCUUGUACUAUUUUGAAUUUACCGUGCUUGACUGACAUACUGCAUGUAGCAUGGGAUGCUGGCAGAGCCAGAUUAAGUUUGUUCAGGGCUGGCUACCAAAAUAAUGACAGAUUAACUGUCACUUUUCAGAAUACCUUAAUAGACAUCCUCUAUAAUUUGGAGAAAUUUGAAGGUUUCGGUGACCAACAACGGAUGACCAACCCAUUGGGAAGAAGCACAAAAUCUCUAUCUUCCUGCUUUCUUAAAGAUGCCUGUUAUAAUCCAUACUGGGAAGUUGCUUUAAAGGAACUCUAUAGCGUUCGGAAUACAAACUUAUUCCUACCGCUAUAGUGUCCUACUCUUGACUAUGAUUCACGGCCCCCCUAAGUCAAAUUGAAUAAAAUAAUUUUUAAAAUGGUUUUACUCACUCAGACCAGCCACGUGCUCUGCCUCCAAUGAAGCUCAUGUGUGGCGAACGCAGUGCUCAUCUAAUCAAAUGCUUCUCAUAGGGAAGCAUUGAAUCCCAAUGUAUAACGUACAUUUAUACACAAUGGAAUCAAGCAAUGUGUAAAAAAUUUUUUUUUAAAUGCUGUACUGUCAGACUACUUGACUCUCGGAGCCUGGGUGAAACUUUUGCUGAUUGCUGAGUUGCAACUUGCAUCAUCCUGACAUCUCAACUCUGCUGAUGGAGAUAAACUUCUGGGUGGAAACCUUAAUAACGUUCAGAGGGCUGUGGGCAGUUCAACAAAUAGUCCUCCUACAUGGCACUCUAAAUGACCUGACCUAUUAGAAUCGAAUUUGCAAUUUGCUUACUAAACAGAGAAAAUGAUUGUAACGGCUAAUAAAAUCCCAAUUGUCGUGCCUAUUCAGCUUGUUCCACCACUUAACAGCAAAUUCCUUAUCUUUUGAUUUUCCUUUGCUUCCCAGGAUUUCUGUGUCUUUCUCUAGCAUUCUUGAACUUGUCCACUCUGUUAGAUUCUCCCUCCUCUACGGGAAGGGUAUUCCUGGCAUCUACAACAAUUUUCCAUAAAACUGGAAGGUGAUUGUAUAGUGGGGUCAAGCAAUUCGCUAUAUAUUUAAACCAAAAACUUGCCUUCACCAAAAUGAACUGCAUUGAAGAAAAGGUGUAGGGAGUCGUGUGUUCCAUCACUAAACCAAAUGACUACCCAUGUUCGGGUAUCUUAUUCACUAUCUAUAUGCAAAUGCAUUUUCUGUCAGUUUCUAUCACCCAAGUAGUAGGGAUCCAUUUUGGAAUGCAUUAUGAGCUACUUGUUCUAGACAUUUUGAACUAUUUAUGGAGAAAUAAUUUUUUUACCUCGACUACACCGUUGCCACCAGAAAUUAGUAUAGUCUAUUAAUUUCUAUCUACACAUAGAUUUGAAUGACUUUUAGUAUCUUUUUUAUUUUAUUUUUUUACAUUUUAUAAUAUUAAAAUUGGAAAAUUUCUGCUUCUUUUGAUUGAAGAAGAUUAGAAAAAAAAAUAUCAUUUUGUAAAUUUCCAAUAUAUAUAUAUAUAUAUAUAUAUAUAUAAUUUUUUUUUUUUUUUCCUUUUAGUUAUCUUUUCAAAAGCACCUAGUACUUCUAAAUUAGAUGCUGCUUAUGACUUAAAACGUUUUGCAUGAUCAUACCUCUCUAAUAAAAACCCUUAGAAAUAUGGAUUAAUCUGUGAGACUGAAGAGUUAGCAUAGUAAAAAAUCUGUUAACACUGUCCAGUCUUUCUCAGCGUAUAUCUCUCCAGAAUCCCCAAAUACUGCCUUUUCACUAAAAAAAAUAAUUUGAUUGAUGAGGUCAAGUCGCACUUUAUACCUACAGGAAAAAAAGGACUUCUUCCCGCAAGAAGAUCUAUAAUCCACUUCAAUUUUACGCAGCAUCUUUUAUUCCUUUACCAAGUGGGAAUAAGAAAAUCAAAAAGUGCAUUUGUAUCCAUUUUCUUUUGGCAGUUCAAUCAAUUACUGUUAUAUAAAUCUUUUCUUGGCUCACAUCUGUUUAGACAAGCUGUUUAUCAAAUGUCAUCUGCUGAACAGAGAAGCAACACAUUAAAUUUCAUUUAAGAAAUGAAGUUUAGCUAGCUAUGGAGGGUUUUUUGUUAGAUGUGUAACUCUCAGUCUGAAGACCCUCUUUACCUUUGUAAAAUGUAAAAUCUUUUUAAGGAAUUAUUAAUAGUAAUUGGGUACUUCUCAUCACAAAUAAACUGUAUCAUUGUAGCAUCAUCAUGGUCCACUAGGGCUAAUAUAGAAAUCCAUUUGUGCAUUAGCAGAGAUUUACUCCAGUGUUCAAACAGGGAAGAUGCUGCCUGAAGACUUUGUACAUAAUAACCACUAGAAUGAGCUGUAGGUGUUAUGGUACUUAGAAGCCCAACUUUAAAGCAGAUCUGUCACAUUUGGUGUUCUUUACACAGGUUGCAAAGACCCCCGACGGUGGCAUCUCCAGUUAGGGCUAGGUGGCUACGGAGUGUCUUAAAAGGUAGUUUUACUUACCUGAGGGUGUCCCUUGAAGCCAUCACUAUCUUCUUCCUAGAGACCUUCUUUGGCUCAUGGUGCUUCAUCUUGCAUAAACCACAUCAGUGCUGUACUCCCGCAAUAAUGCAGGAGCCCCCAUAGGUCACGUCUCCCGAUGCCUGAAUCUCACAGCUCUCACUUAUAAUGACUGCUGGGCUUGGACAAAAGCUGAUGACAUAGCUCCACAUUUUGUCAAUCUCAGACUUUAGAUAGAGUUGGAAUGUCAGGAACAUUCCAACGCAGUGUGCAUGAGUAUUUCAUAAAGAUUACAUCUUUAUGAAAUACUAAGAAGUGAUUAUUAUUCAUUCAUUCGUGGUUUGGCUCAAUUCAGAUGCUGCAAAGCCUGGAGAUUUGCAUCAAGUUUUUUUUUGCAAAUUUUUCUAACUAAAAUAAGUAGGUAAAAUUUAGCCAGGGUUGUUGUUGUUUAAAAGGAGUUAUGAGGAAGGUUUAAUGCAUGAAGUGGGGGGUUGAUGCUUAAUUUACAAGGCCCCCUGCUCCUUGGUUCCACUAUUGACCUUAAAGGAACACAAUAUUUAUAUCAGGAAUGGAACACUAUGAUUAUGUUUGGAAUACAAACAUGUAUAAAUGAUCUCAUUCAAUAUUUAUGUGACACUGAAACUAGAAUUUAAUUAAGACUUUAACCUUUAAAAUUUUUAUUGAUAUUCAUAACAGUGUGAUUAAAAUGUUAGCUGUCUUGUUCCCCCAAAGGUACGCAUUUUUGACAUUUUCCACAUGUUUUCAUUUCUAGAUUUCACUUUUAAAGUGGACCGGUCAUCCAGAAAACCAUCUUAGUGUACUCUUUUGUGAGUAAUUUAGUUUAAUCUCUUCAUUUUUCUAACAAACAUUCAUGUGGUGAGAAAUUCACGUACCUUUACUUCCUUGUUUAUGCGGUGGAAUGCCAAAAUGCACCUGUGAUCAGUCCUAGAAUGGGUAUUGCUAUAUGUAGCAAAGUCAGGAAGUAGCAUAUAUACGGGGAGAUCAGAGUUUUGGGUGUCUCUGAUUAACUGGCAAUUCAGGUUCUAGAUCCUCAUAGGACAGAGGGAGAUUAGAUCCUUUAGUAAACGGAAAGCUAAUAGCUGUUAUGUUCCUCUAUAAAUAAGUAGUUAGUAACACUUCUUUGUGUAUCCUCUUCAGCAAACUGAAAGGGUUACUCCAGACACUAUGACAAUUUCAGUAAUGUGGUCAUGGUGCCUAUAGUCUUUAUGUGUAGCAUUUCGCUCUCAACACUGCAGGUACAGAGAGUAACCCUUCAGGUCACUUGAAACAAACAGGUUGUCAAAGGUGACAGAAUAUAAAGUGUUAAUGUAUAUAAUGGACUUCGUUCAUAAGGCUUGGGUGAGGCAGGGUUGGUAGAUUGAGCCAAAAGGUAAAUCUAUACUAUACCAAGUAAUAGUAUGGAUUAAAGGGGUAGCACAGAAAAAUCAUGAAACAUACGACCUGUACAUAAUACAACACAAUUCUCCAAAGAAUCUAAAACAUAAAAGAAUCACAUAAUAGUGAAGUAUGUACAGAAAUAUAUAGUUCAAUCCCGUAGGUAGAGAAUUUACAAGACCGUGCUGUAGAUCUGCGCUUAUCUCCCUUCCGUAGGGUAUAUAAAUAGCGUAUCCUUUUUUUGGUAAGCUUGUAAUGUAGACCAAAGGAGUAUAUUCGGAACACCCAAUCCUCAAAGGAAAAGAUGGUAGAUUGUUGACUUGGAAUAUUUUCAGCUGUUCUGUAUUUCAGUAGCACAGGAAUAAAAAUGACAGAUAUGGUGGUCAUAAUUAAAUGAACACUCCGAACACCAUAACCACUACACGGUUUGACUUCUUAUUUGCAGUCCACUAGGAACCGCUCCUAGCCUCCACUGCAGACAGAAGUUCUCAGCCAAUUCCAGCAAACUGUGGAAUCGUGUGUAUAUUUUCGUGUUGUAAGUUACUCGUCUAAGGAUUUUAUUCGUAUUAUCAGGAGAACCAAGAUCCUGAUAUAUGUUAUGGAUGCAGGCAGCCAUGGCUUUUUGAACUGUGCUUUGUGCAUUGUGGGAUUGCAUAGAUAUUUAUAUAUCCACCUGCACCAGCAUAGAUGUGGUUUCUAUUUCCAUGCCAGUUAAAUUGAUCCAUUUUAAAUCUUAAUGAAAUGAUCCAGAGGUAUGGUAGCAAUUUUGACAGCAUUAAAUGUUAUCUUUCCACCAUAUUUAAAAAUCGGGCCCUUUUCCCACCAACACUAGCAGUUUUUUUUUACCUUACACUUCCUUUGGUAAACAAGGGAAGAUGCUUUGAUUUCCUUACAGAAAAAAAAUUAAAUUCCUUGCUGCCUUUGUGUUUUUAAGCAAACUUUUCCUGUUUGUAACAGAAAAGCUUAACUGAAUGGCUCUGGACAAAAAUGUGAUAUAAUAGGAGGUGCAAGACGCCAAGGGCAACAGGAAAUCAAAUUGCUAUUGUUUAUGUUAUAAUAUGAUGUUGUUAAAGAAUUAAACAAUAGGUUGUAUUACUAGGGGGAGGACGCAGUGUCCACAGAACGCAGGGCUGAGCGUAACAUGGUUUUGCUGUGACACUUGCUAUAGCAGGGCUAUUUAACCUCAUCAAACAGAAUACAUUGGAGGACUAUUCCAUGCCUUAGGCUAUACAAGCAGACCAAGAAUUAAUGUUAGUGUUACUUAAGUCAUUGCAAGUCAGGAUGAGAACACUAGAUAUUCAUGUGGAGAGCACAUAACAUAUUAAAAGCUAUACUGUUGUGUGAGGUUUUUUUUUUUUGUAUAACAUGAUAGCUGAUUGAAAGUUAGCUGUGGGUUGUGCCUUUUUUUUAAUGACCAUUUUUAGUUUAUACUACACACCUCGUCCAGAGUCAGAAAAUCCAUGUAAAUGAACGUUCGUUGAUAUCAAUUUCCCACUAGAUGUGUGUACGCCACUGUGAAAGGAAUGACAAAGCAUAUACUGCUCUGCAGAGCAUCAUAGGAUGAUAAUCAUGUGUGUAGCUUGUGGUGGGGCGGGGGGGAAAUCCCACCAGAAAAUAUAUUGGGGCAUGAGUUCCACGACAGCCAUAACAGUGCAGGUUUUAAAAUCCUAUGUUUUGAUGCUUAUGAAAGAUGAAAAAAUAAACAUAGUUGGUAAUUUUGACAUAUUGGUUAAAAGAACCCUGUAGGCAACCAGACCACUUCAUCUCAUUGAAGUGAUCUGGGUGCGGAGUCUGUUUCCACUUAGCCCUGCAAUGUAAAACAUUAGUUUUAGAGAAAUUGCAAUGUUUACAUUGCCGAGUUAAGACUGUCUAAUAUGCAGCCACUGGAGGCACUUCCUCAAUUCACAUCAGGACGUCCAGCGUCUUGAAAAAUCCUGAUUCAGUGCUUUCCCAUGGGGUGCAUAAGGUUUCCGGAUCAUCGUGAUGUAUUGUAUGCCUAACACUCUAGUGUUCCUUUAAAGCAAUUACAUUUUCAACCAGACACAAAAAUAUCAAUGGAUACACUUUAAUAAAUAACUUUUUUAUUCCUAAAAAAUUCCUAGUGUUAUAUUUUCCUAACACUAUAAUGUCCCUUUGCCUCCAAGGCCCCACCCAUUCAUGGAAGUGUUAAAAUCCCUUUCUUCCACUGACCUGAUCCAGCAUUGGCACUGGAUCGUGCUCCUUCUUGUCAGUCGAUUCGGGAAACCUAAUCUGCACACACAGCAAGUGCCACGUGUGCAUUAGGCCUUCCCCAUAGGAAAGCAUUAUUUCUUAAUAAAUAUUUCAAGAGAUGAUGAAGUAAAACUUGCGAGUUAUGACAUCUCCAUAUGAGGUGGGCUGACUUGGGGAACUAUUGAAAAUGGUUCGACUAGAGCUGGAGUGACUGCAGCCAUAUCUCACCAUAACUGCUGUUAUUUUUUUUUUUUUAUAAAGCGUUACUUUAUAUGUUAUAUCUUUAUUCAACUUUACACUGCACUAAGCUUUAGUGGUUAUGGUGCUUGGAGUUUCCAUAUCCAUAUAACAAGUAUAUUGGCCCGCCGGCACUGACCACACUCCCUUGGUGACCUCAUCAGAAAUGCCGAUUUUUUUUAGCCAAUCCAAUGCUUUCCCACAGGGAAAGCAUUGGAUUGGCUAAAAUCAGCAAGGGGUAGGGCCAAACACUGUUUUGGCCAAUCAGGACCUCCUCAUAGAGCUGCAUUAAAUCAAUGCAUCUCUAUGAUGAAAAGUCAGCAUCCCCAUGCAGGGCGUGGAGACGCUAAACGGCAGUGCAGCUCUGAGCAAAGAAAGCACCUCCAGUAGCCAUCUGAGGAGUGGCCACUUGGAGGUGUCCCUGGGGGACAUGUAAACACUGCCUUUUCUCUGAAAAGGCAGUAUUUACAUGAAAAUGCUUGAAGGCAAUGAUUACGCUCACCAGAACAACUACAUUAAGCUGUCAUUGUUCUGGUGAACAUAGUGUCCCUUUAAACAAAGGAAAUUAACUUUGGCUGUCUUUUGCAGCAAAUAGGUUUUGAAAUAAUGCAUGAAUGCUUGGAAUCUUGUUUCAGAUUUGCAACACAAGAAUAUAGCAAUUAUAAAAAUUAGGAAAUGCUUAUUCAGCAGCAAACAAUAUAGUCCAAGUGACUUCAAUGAGGAAUAAUUAAAUAAGCAGUAAGUGGGUAUAGUCCAUAAUAUUUCAUCAAAGGACCACUCUAGGCACCCAGACCACUUCAGCUUAAUGAAGUGGUCUGGGUGCCAGGUCCAGCUAGGGUUAACCCAUUUUUUUUUAUAAACAUAGCAGUUUGAGAGAAACUGCUAUGUUUAUAAAUGGGUUAAUUCAGCCCUCAAAGCCUCUAGUGGCUGUCUCAUUGACAGCCGCAAGAUUCGUUUGCGUGAUUCUCACUGUGAAAAUCACAGUGAGAACACGCAAGCGUCAAUAGGAAAGCAUUGUAAAUGUUUUCCUAUGAGACCGUCUGAAUGCACGCGCAGCCAGCCGAAUGGGAGGAUAGGAGGAGGAUAGGAGGAUCGGAGGAUCGGAGGAGAAGAGCUCCCCGCCAGCGCUGGAAAAAGGUAAGUUUUAACCCCUUUCCUCUCCACAGAGCCAGGCGGGAGGGGGUCCCUGAGGGUGGGGGCACCCUCAGGGCACUAUAGUGCCAGGAAAACGAGUAUGUUUUCCUGGCACUAUAGUGGUCCUUUAAGGUUGCCAGAGCAGGUGAAACCUGAGGUACAAAGUAUAAGUCUCUUAGUAUAAAGAAAUAACUUGGUAAUGAAUUAUCCUGGUAUGUGAAGUGGUUGUAGUUAGUAGGCUCCAAUAGCAAUAAUUAAUACCAUUGAGGCAAAUGAUAUUUCAAAUAGAUAUAGCAAGUAGAAUCUCAGAGGCAGACUUUGGAUAACCCUUAUCCUUCCCAGAAACUUGCGGCUAGAACCAAUUAGUAAAUACAAUCAUAGGAUAACUUCUCUUUCCUUAAAGAAUCACUAUAGUGUCAGGAAAACAAACUUGUUUUCCGGACACUAUAUAACCCUUAGGUUCCCACCCUCAGGGUCCCCCUCACGCUGGGCUGAAGGGGUUAAAACCACUUACCUUAAUCCAGCACCGGGCUCCCUCUGUGCUGGUGACCUCUCCUCCCCCGCCGACGUCAGCUCCCAAGUAAUGCGGAAUGCACGGGCGCGGCAAGAGCCGCACGCGCAUUCAAACAGUCCAUAGGAAAGCAUUUCUCAAUGCUUUCCUAUGGACGUUCUGCAUGCUGAAUGCGAUUUUCGCAUCCAGCGUUGCAGAAGCGCCUGUAGCGGCUGUCAGGAAGACAGCCACUAGAGGCUGGAUUAACUAGAGGCUGGUUUUCUCUGAAACUGCUAUGUUUACAUCUAAAGGGUUUAAACCUGAGGGACCUUGCGCCUAGACUACUUUAUUGAGCUGACGUGGUCUGAGUGACUGUGUCCCUUUAAUGAAUGAUGGGAGUUUAAGUCCUUCCAAUGUAGAUUGAUUUAUGGUUCCUUGAAGUAACUGAAGAGAUGCAGGAAUCCGAAGUUAAGUCUGUUUCUUGACUGGCAGAGUAGAAUGGAGCAUAGCCAGUAACAAAGCCAGAGGUUCAGUACACAGGAAUUCAAAUGAGCAGAGUUCUGCAGGGAAACAGCAACCAUGUAGUAAGAAGCGAGAGCACAUCAACCAAGGAAGAUUGACAGAGAGAGAUUGAUUGAGCACCUGAGAUCAGGUGCAGCUUCCUUUUAACUCAGGAAGGGAUGACAUCACAAGCAUAUGGGGCUAAAUGUUGAUCUGGCUGGAAUCAAAUAUGGAAAAAUUCCCAAACAACGUGAGGGAAUCCUGACAGACAUGCAUAAGUACAUCAAGGAUAUUGCAAACUUGCAGCACGUUAAUCUGUAAAGAGAGCGUUAUCAAGUAGACCGCAUAUGCAUGAAUUUAAAAUGAUGGUAGAGAACAGCAGAGAGAGGGAUAUGCACAUACAAUGAUAAUCCUGCAGUCGAUCAUACUAGCAUAAAUGAUACAUAGCUUUAAAAAUAAUAAUAAGAUGAGAAUGGACAAUUACCAAUUGCUUCGAGCAUAUAACACAAAUGAAAACAACGUGAACUAUAGGCAAUUUUUGAGUAAUUCAGCUACUGUUGUGUGGCCCAGUGAAAACAGGAUCAGGCCGUGGGUUGUUGGAAACAAAUACAGUUGAUCUAUGAUCACCGGAUUCCCUCUGAAGGCAGAACUGUUCCGCACAAUAUUAAGAAGCCUAAUGACCAUUGGCAUAGGUGUGAAUAUCUGUCAAAACUGACAGAGAUGAAACUCACAGGCUGCGGUGGCAACUGCUGUGUGGAGGUAACUUUGAUCACCAGGUAGGUAUGAAGCUGUGUCCUUCUGAGAUUAGGAUAGUACCAGCAUGGGGGUUCCUCUCCCUCUGGUGGAAGGGGCUUGAUUUUUAUGACUUCCAGGGUUGUGUCUAAAUGUGCAACCUCAAUCUUGUGUGGGUUGGCCCCCCUGUGUGCAUAGAAGGAACCUCUGGUGCCGAAUUCACAAGAGUUGUAGAUGCCUGUUGCUGUUGUGUAAUGGGACGCAGUCGGUGAUGGAGCUUGGUCCAGAAGUCUGCAAGCACUCGGUCUAGGCCGGUCAGAAUGUCAGGCGGCUGGAAUAAGUGACAUGGAGUAAGUGUAUUCUUGAGUGGGCUCGGCAAAUAGCGGAGAGUCCACGGGAAGAGGGAUCGUCCGCCAUUGGAUUUACUUGUGUGCUCAUUGUAUAAUGAGUAUAAUCGAGUAUUAUAAAGCAGUAUCUGUUGUGUAUGGGGUCGUUUCAUAACGGAAUAAAAUAGAAUAUAUUACCUUUUCACGUCUGUUCUCUGUUUUUAUCCGCAAUGAUAUGAUUUGCAUGGCAGUAAUCUGUUUUCUAUUUUCCUUUGCAGAGAGCAGGAGAAGAAAAGACCCACCAUGCCUGAAGAAUGGAUGCAUCUUGCUGUUGUAACAUGUGGGGAUCGUUUAGAAGAGACUGUUACAAUGCUGAAAUCUGCUAUACUUUUCAGCAAAAAAAGGAUUAAAUUUCACAUCUUUGCAGAGGAUUCCUUAAAAACAGAGUUUGAAAGCAAAGUAAGUGAAGAAGAAUGUACUGGUUUGGACUUAAACAUCAACAAAAAAGCAGUUCCAUUGUUCACAUCUUAAAACUGAAUUUUGUUUGCAAAUUUCAUCCACACGUUCAACCACUUUGCAAUCACAAAGAAAAAAGGGUGUUUUACACUGUACUUGCAAGUUAUAUAAGAGCACUUGGUUUGCACAGCUGAAUGUUUCUCUGUAGUUCUAGAGUUGUUGUCGUCAUGUGAUGUUAGGCUGUCCUUUAACACUCUCCUUUUCUUCUUGGAUGAUUAAUCAGCUUCAUGGGACUUAGAGUUCCAAUUCAGAUAUUUAAUUACAUUUAAAUUUCAGUUCUAUUGUUGUGAAUAUAAAGGUGUCUUUAAGUGUGGUGUCAGUGUGUGAGUGCAAAGGUCUUUCUGAUUAUUUGUAUAUCGUGUCAGGGUGUGUGAAUGCAGAGGUGCACUUGUGAGGCGUGCCAUUCUAAGACUACGGGGUUGUGUGUGUGUGUGUGUGCGCGCAGAUGUGUAUAUGUACCACUUCCAACUCUCUCUACCAUUUGACAUUUUACCCCUUCCCCUUUUAUACUUAACUCAACUUUGUGUCAGCCAUGAUGCAAAAAUUACAUCUUGCUUAUAAAUUAAUUUAUGGGCACUCUUUGAGGCUGGAAAUAAACUAAUGAAGGUAUCUUCCAUAAUGAGUUUUCUAGUACUGCCAAGCAGCUAAACAAAAUGGCUCCCUGUGAUAAAAAUGGGUCACCAAGAAUUAGUUCCCUAUCAAAAAGAUUAAACAGGAACGUUCACUUCUCACUGUUUUUAAUAUGUCGAUUCACAUAUCCCCUAUAUUUAAAAUAUAUGUGUUUGUGAGAUCUGAAAAAUAAAAUCCUGGAAAUGAGCACCUACAUCUUGGCUCCCAUUACUCAUUUUUAAAAAAGUUGGCUUUUGCUUGACAGUAUCUGUGGAAGACUUGUUUUUGUCUACGCCAAACCAAGGAUUUGUACUGUUUACAGUAACAAGAUUAGAUAACAUCCUACUGGCCUUUCUUAGAGCACAAAUCAAGAGAUCAAUUUUCAACCAAUUUGCAAAGUAAAUUUAAAAAGUGCCAUUUUAUACAGUUUAACAUGAAUAAAUAUUCUGCAAUUUAUUGAUAUAUAAUAUAUUACUACUAAUAAUUAAUAAUAUUAUUAAAGAUAUUUUAAAACAUUUCAGACUCUUAAAGAAAUUCAUGUGUGAAGAGUGUGUCCUCACUUUUCAUUUUACAAAAAGUACUGAUUUCAAUAGAAAUUUGCACUUUUUAAAAUUAAAAUGGUUACACCCCUCUGGCUUUCAAGCAGACAACAGGUCAUGUUACUUCCUGUUUUUUUUAGUUCAGUGGAGCUAAACUCAAGAGGCAGCAAUUGCUCAGAGCACCUGCCUUCCAUAGACUUCACAUUGAGCUGCAUUGGGAAGUAUGUGAUUGGAUAGACACAGACAAUCUGGGCGGUGUUAGAAGGGGAGGGCUUGCAAAGGAAGCAGAGAAGAGAUCUCCCACUUUUGCAAACUGUUUUUAGAAUUACCUGCAAUUAAAAAAAAAUCAUAAAUAAAUGCAUAUUUUCACAAGGAGUAAGCCGUGAUUUUUAUAUAUAUUUUUGUUUGGGCAGUGGAGUGUCCCUUUAAGCAUUUUUUUUUCUUUCCUCUUCCAAUUGCAAACUCCAUUUUUUGAAAAUCGUAAUUUUUCCCCACUACUCUAAAGUGUACUCCAGAGAGAAUCUGGAAUUAAUAAAUAGGCCCUAGUAGUGUGGUAAAUAAGAAAGUAAUGUGUAUGUGGACUACAGUAAACCCGGAAUUGUGCUGAAAGGAACAAAAUCAAUUCAACCUCGAAACCACAAUAGCCAAACUUUAACUAAGUUCGAGAAUGUUUCCAGUUUUCCCUUCUCAAAUCCCUGCAAUUCUUAGUUUAGUGAAUACAUGACACAUUUUAUGGAGAAAAAUAAACUACAAUUAAAGUUGGAGUGUGUGAGCAAGUGAAGAAAGAUCAAGAGGAACAGACAACGGUGUGGAUGAAAGAGAGAAGUUGAUGCCUUCAACUGAUGAUCACCGCACAUCUUACUAAACCAAAAUAUACCACAAAAAUGUUUUACACAAGGUUUGAUAAUCAAUCAUGAUGGUGACAGAUACACACACACACACACACACAAAGAAGCUAGUUCAUUAAUCAACUGCUUUUGUUGCUUGCUUCUUAAACAGUUUAAAGAAUGGCCAAGUGCCGCCUCCAGAAAGUAUGAAUAUAACAUUUACCCAAUUACAUUUUCGGUUGGAAACGCUGAGGAAUGGAAGAAACUAUUCAAACCCUGUGCUGCUCAACGUCUCUUUCUUCCGGUAAGACAGACACCUGCUUUUUAUAAACAUGUUUUUUUGUUUUUUUUUAUAUUUAUUUCUAUCCUUUCCAAGGUCUGUUCAGACUGCAGAUGUAAGCAGUUGAGAUCUGAGGCAUCUUGCACAUUUUUUUAUACACAUGUCUACAAUCUGCCCCUAGGAAGGAAUUUUGCCUUUUUCCUGAAUAUACUUUUUCUAUUUUUUCAUUUAUUUUAUAAUUUUCAGAAGAGAGAUCUGUUUUUUUUUAUGAAUAGAUGGGUAGAUGGCUAAAUAUUUUGAUGGAUGUAUUGUCUGAUGGAAGGAGCAUUGCAUGAAAGGCGAUCAAAAUAGAUAUAGUUGAAUAAGGUUUUUUCCCCAAAGGAGUGAAAGUAAAAAUUGCUUGUUGCUGAAUAAAUUAAUAGUUCAGCCGACAAGUUAGGUAGGGUUGUGUGUGUGUGUGUGUCUGUUUGUUGACAAAAACAAGUGAAGAUAUCCCUGUUAAAGUCUAGCAUACAAUCUAGCAUUAAUUGAUUAAAGGACCACUAUAGUGCCAGGAAAACAUACUCGUUUUCCUGGCACUAUAGGGUCUCUAGGUCCCCCGCCGGGCUCUAGAGGGUGGAAGGGGUUAAAUCUCACCUGUUUCCCCCCCGCCGGGCUCCCUUGGUGCGGGGAACUCUCCUCCUCCUUUUCGCCGGCAUCGGCUGAAUGCGCAUGCGCGGCAAGAGCCGUGCGCGCAUUCAGCCAGUCCAAAAUCACAGUGAGAAGCGUGGUAGCGCCUCUAGCGGCUGUCAAUGAGACAGCCACUAGAGGCUGGAUUAACCUUAAAGUAAACAUAGCAGUUUCUCUGAAACUGCUAUGUUUACAGUAGAAAGGGUUAAACCUAGAUGGACCUGGUACCCAGACCACUUCAUUAAGCUGAAGUGGUCUGGGUGCCUAUCGUGGUCCUUUAAAGGGACACGAUAGUCACCAAAACAACUACAGUUUAUUAUAUUUGUUCUGGAUAGUAGAAUUAUUCCCUUCUGGCUUUUUGCAGUAAACACUGUCUUUUCAGUGUGUUUACUGAAAACAUUGUGUUUACUUUACAGCCUAUUUAUAACUCCACUGGCCACUCCUCAGAUGGCUGCAAGAGGUGCUUCCUGUCAUUCAGUGUCUUCUCUUUCUGCAUGGAGACACUGCACUUCCCUCACAGAGAUGCAUUGAUUCAAUGCAUCUCUAUGAGCAGAUGCUGUUUUGCCAGGGCUGUGUUUGACUUGUGUUGGCUCUGCCCCUGAUCUUCCUCCUUGACAGUCUUAGCCAAUCCUAUGGGAAAGCAUUGUGAUUGGCUCAGAGAUUCACUUCUGAUUAUGUCAGCCAAGCAGGCAGAUCAGGGGCGGGCGCAGCAGCUGCAGACUUGAAUACAAGUAGGAUGUUACUAUAUUUAGGAAGGCAAGGUGGGCUACAGGGUGGUUUAACACUAUAGUGUGUGGAAUACAUGUUUGUGUUCCAUGACCCUAUAGUUUUCCAUUAAAUAAAGUGAUGAGUAUCAGUUAGGUUUCUGCAAAUGAGCCCUUUUGCGGGUUUGUUUUUUCUGGUAAUCAACCAACUUCGAUUUAAGUUCUUCACACUGGCUAGAAUUCUCCCUCUCUCUCUCUCUCUCUCUUCCAGCUGUUUUGAGACAUGUUGAUUUUGAACACAUUCUUGUAGGAUUAGAUGAAUCUGUUCUGUGCUUUCCUGAAUGGCAUAAUCAAAUGGUGUGCAUCUUACCGAAUAUACCGACUCUCUUUCUAUUAUGUAUGAAUGCAAAAUAAAAAGUUACAGAACUCUAGAACAUUCCUGCAAGUGAUAGAGCACUGACUCAUACUGAUUAUUUUUUAUUUUUUUUAAAUUUAUUUUGCUGCAUUAAACCUCAUACGUCAUGGAACCACCCCUUUUCUCAUACCUCCAAGAGGAAGUGAUGAGACGCCUAGGAGGAAAUUUACACAUGGACGUUCUGCACGCUGAAUGCAAUUUUUCUCUGUUAUUUUCUAUCUCAGAUCUAUCUAGUUCAACUAAAUGAAAAAUCGCUAAACAGGUGAUGGUUUACAUUUACCCAUGUUUAUGAAUUCUCUUUUUUGUAAAAACCUGGUAAGGGCAGGAGAUGUAAUUAACCUUCACACCAUGCUGUAUCUGUAGCCAGUGAGCUGCCAUUUUUUUUUUUUAAUCGAGGCAUUUUCACAAACUAAUUCCUGAGCAAUUCGUAGACCUUCUUGCCUAAUCUGGGCACUCCAGUUUGCACCUAUUAAUGACCUAGUUAACCCCUUAAGGACACAUGACAUGUGUGACAUGUCAAGAUUCCCAUUUAUUCCAGAAGUUUGGACCUUAAGGGGUUAAAGGAACACUAUAGGGUCAGGAACACAAACAUGUAUUCCUGACCCUAUAGUGUUAAAAACUCUAUCUAGCGCCCCAGGUCCCCUCUUAUUCCCCUAAAUAUAAUAAAAUUUGUCAGCAGUCUGCUGCUGCUGGCUCUGCCCCUAAUCUGCCUGCUUGGCUGACAUCAUCAGAAGUUUUGAUCAAAAGCCAAUCACAAUGCUUUCUCAUAGGAUUGGCUGGGACUGUCAAGAAGGCGGAUCAGGGGCAAAGCUAGCACAAGCCAAACACAGCCCUGGCCAAUCAGCAUCUCCUCAUAGAGAUGGCUUGAAUCAAUGCAUCUCUAUGAGGAAAGUUCAGUGUCUCCAUGCAGAGGGUAGAGACACUGAAUGUCAGUCACACUAUGCAGCACUGCCCCAGGAAGCUCCUCUAGUGGCCAGUGCAGGUAUCCUUAGGCUGUAAUGUAAACACUGCUUUUUCUCUGAAAAGACAGUGUUUACUGCAAAAAGCCUAAAGGGAAUGAUUAUACUCACCAGAACAAAUACAGUAAGCUGUAGUUUUUUCUGGUGACUAUGGUGUCCCUUUUAAUAAUAUCAGGACCUAGAUUAUUGUUAAAUUAACUAAAAAUGUAUGUAUCUAUCAGUCUGUCCUUUUCUCAUUUUCUCUCUCAUCUCCAGAUCAAUUGAUUGUCGGUCUAUUACCGUCAGAUAGAUUGCUAGUCUCUCUGUAUCUGUUAUCUCACAAUCCUUUAAGGCGGUCAUCAAGGCUCAUCAUUUAUUUCGGGAAUUGCACAGUAAAUAACGUCAGUGAAGAACUUAAAAGAAACUGUUGGCCACCAUGCAAAGAAAAGACAUUCAUGAAAAAUGUUGCUGUGACACGUGGUUUUCCAAAUAACCCGACAUCUGUACAACAGAUGCGUGGCUUGAUAUGCAGAGAAGAGGGAUAAGGAGGGAGGAUGUGGGUAUGAGAAUGUGGUUGCAGAAAAAAUGGAUGAGUGGGUGUAGGCAGCAGGUGAGUGGAAAAACAGAACUACAGAGGUCCAAAAAAAAGCAGCAUGCUCUAUAGAACUGUAUGUGUGUAUGGUUGAAGGAGGGAGGCACAGUUUGCAUACUCUGUUCCUAUAUUAUAUUAUUACACCUAUGUGAGUGGAUUUACAAGAGGUGGGAUGAAAUUGAUUAGAGAGGUGGACCUAAUGAGAUAGUUAACUUGGCUAAUACACCAACUGUAGAGCUUGUUCAAGCCUUAGUGGUGCAGGGUGUGUUCCUGGCAGUGUCAACCUUUAAUCCUUUUCAGGUUGAUAAAAUAUAUACAAUUACAUUGAACAAUAAUGUACACUUUCUAGCCAUCUAUCAUAUCACAGAUUAAUAAGCUAUUAUUUUUAUAUAAAUAAGAAGCAUUACGUACACAAAAGAGGCUAAUUUUGCUUCUAUUUUUCCCUUGUGGCUUGUGCGAAGCUAAAGUGUAAUUAAUUAGCACAUCUACAGAAAGAACAAUUCACUCAUAGAGUAAAUAAUUACCACCAGGGGGCAUAUGACCAUAGCCUCUGCUUUUUUUUUUAUUAAAGCAAUUAAGUAGAAAUUAAUUUAUAGCAAAACCGAUUCCAAAGGUGUCGAAAUUUAUUAUUACAUUCCUUGUAUAAUAGGUUACCGUACACAUUUAAGUAACAAUAUUUACCUUAUUGUUGGGAUUACGGAGACUCGCUUGUUCUGUGCACUGUAAAUUUUAUUCUUGCUCUUAUUAAUUCUAGCUAAUAAAACAAAUUGAAUUUGAAAUUAUGAGAUGCAGAAUAUGCUGCCAAGAGGCAUUAGCUCAUUUAUUGGGUGUUACAGUGUAAUAAAAUAAAGAAAUACACGGGGUAACAGCAAUUCAUUGUGUCCACAUUUAUGUUCAAAUGUUCUCUAGAACAAAAUGAGAGUUCUAAAUCCCCUAAACAGUACUCAGAAUUCUAUCCUUAGUUCUCAAAGCCUGGAACUUGAAAGUGGUCUGCAGUGGCAGUUGUAGGUCAUCCCCAACUGGAGUGCUACUGGUUAACUAUACCAUGUGUACUUUAAUGAUGAGUCAAACCAGGACUGCAAAAUUUCAGCCCCAACAGCUAACACUUUUGAACAUUUCUUGGUGGCAGAUGAUCUUAAAAGAUGUGGAUUCUUUGCUGUAUGUGGACACGGACGUUUUAUUUCUGAGGCCUCUGGAUGACAUCUGGGCAUUUUUGCAUCAAUUCAAUGACACUCAGCUGGCAGCCAUGGCUCCAGAACAUGAGAUACCAAAGAUUGGCUGGUACAGUCGCUUCGCCAGGCACCCGUUUUAUGGAACAACUGGAGUUAACUCUGGGGUUAUGCUCAUGAAUUUAACUCGUAUCAGAAAGACACAAUUUAAGGUAAGACAUGUUCUUGUCACUUUACAGGUUACAUUAUAGUAAAGAGAGGUACAGGAAUAUUGCAGUCGUACAGUGUGUGUAUAAUUCACACGCAUGUAUAUAUGUAUGUGUGUGUAUAUAUAAAUAUAUAUUAGUGCUGUCCACUAAUAUUGGCACCCUUGGUAAAAAUGAGCAAAGAAGGCUGUGAAAAUGGCCCGUGGUUGGAGUUUUUCCAGCAGGACAAUAAUCCAAAAUAUACAUCAAAAUCAACAAAAAUGUUUUACUGACCACAAAAUCAAGGUCUUGCCAUGGCCAUCCUAGUUCCCUGACUUGCACACCAUACAAGACCUGUGGGGGGAAAAUGAGGAAGAGUCUACUAGUGCCGACCUUGAAAUUUGAAGGAUCUGAAGAGAUUCUGUAUGGAGGUAUGGUCUCAUAUCCUUUGCUAUGUAUCUUGUCAUAUAUAGAACAGGACUGGCCAUACAAAGCAGCCCUGGAAAAAAAGCCCCAUAAGUCAUUGCGUCAUAUAUUGUCACAUGUAAUAUGUAAGACUAUGUCUUGCCACCCCAGAUGAUUGAGUAAUAUAUAAACAUACACACACAUAUAAUCAUAUGAAAACACAGACAAUCUCACUGACAAACACAAGCUCAUUGAUACACAACCUCAUAGACAAACAAUCUCACUGCUAUACAUAAGCUCAUUGACAUAAAAACACAAGCUCACAGAUGCACAUACAUAGGCUCACUGACAGACAAUCUCACUGACACACACAUACAAGCUUAUUGGUAUACACACAAACGUAGUACAGAGAAAUUCUGACACAGACAAGCUUUCUACAGACCAGCUCACUGUCACACACACACAUACUCACUACAGAAAAGCUCACUGACACACACACAAGCUCACUAGAGACAAGCUAACUGUCACACAAAUGCUCACUACAGACAAGUUCACUGACACACACAUGCCCCCUACAGAAAAGUUUGUAAUAAACAUGUUCUAGAUAUUCUGUGGCCACCCUUUACUUUUUCUUGUGCACGGGCCAUUGGCACAAUGCCACACCUACAAUGGAACAGAUAUGAUGAUAUACUUCUAAAACCUCGCUUUAGUGGGAUCUGGUUAUAUAUGCAGUGGAGAAUCCCAGGCUUUAUCAAACUGUUCCAAAACACACUGACAGAAUUCAGGAGCGGUAUGAACUGAUUAGUAGAGCUAUAAUCAAUGACACACGUACACACACAAGCUCACUCUCUAGCAGGCACACACAUGCAAGCAAGCUCACUCACUAGCAUGCACACACACACAGCUUAAUGUAGUGGUUCUGGUGUCUAUAGCCUGUCCCUACAGGCUUUUCAAUGUGAACACUGACUUUUCAGAGAAAAGGCAAUAUUGACAUUUUUUCCUAGUGAAACCUCUAGUGACAGUCACUCAGACGGUCACUAGAGGUGCUUCCUGUGCCUACAUUCAGCUCCAUGGAGGCGCUGGACAUUCCCCAUAGAGAUACAUUGAUUCAAUGCAUCUCUGUGAGUAGUUGCUGAUUGGUGUAUCAUUUUGCAGCCAAUCCUAUGGCAAAACAUUGGAUUGGCUGAGAUCAUCGAGCUUGAUGAUCUCAGCCAUAAAGGCAGGGCCAGUUGAGGGGAGACCAGCACGACGUGGGGAAAAAUAAGGUGAGUAAAAACACUAUUCCCUUGCCAAUGGAAGAGGUCUGGUAACCUAAACACACACACAUACACCAUGACAGACAGACACACACACCAUGACAAACCCAUACACUCACAUUGACAGACUGACUCACACAUUAUUGCUUGUAUUGAUACCUGCGGGGUCCAGUGUGCGACCGGCCAGAGAAUUGUGCAGGCGGGAGGCAUGCUAGAUGGUCGUGCAGGGCGGGCGGGUGGCUGCACGAAUAGGGAGUAGAUUCCGACCCCGGUCUCAUUAAGUAGUCCGUGAGGGCAGGGGAGCAGAGCAGAGACAGCACAGGUCUACCUCCGACCGCCAGCUGUCUGCCUGGCCCCAGGGGUCGCGGCCCACUGGGAAAUUUACCGGUAUCCCGGUGGGCCAGUCCGGCCCUGUAUAUAUCAGCCACAACAUUAAAACCACCUGUCUAAUAUAGUGUAGUUCCCCCUCGUGCUGUCAAAACAGCUUUGAUGUGUCGAGGCAUUGACUCCACAUGAUCUCUGAAUGCAUCCUGUGGUAUCUGGCACCAAGUCAUUAGCAGCAGAUCUUUUAAGUCCUGCGAGUUGCGAGGUGGGGUCUCCAGGGAUUGAUUUGUUCUUCCAGUACAUCCCACUAUUGCUCAAUUGGAGAUCUCAAGAAUUUGGAGGCAAAGGCAACACUGUGAAAUCUUUGCCAUGUUCCUCAUGCCAUUCCUGAACAAUUUAUGCAGUGUGGCAGGGUCCAUUGUCCUGCUGAAAGAGAGAACUCCAUUGCCAUUUAGGGGUGUGCAUGGUCUGCAACAAUCUCCAGGCAGGUGGUAUGUGUCAAAGUAACAUCCACAUGCAUGCCAUGACCAAAGGCUUCCCAGCAGAACAUUAACCAGAGCAUAACACUGCUUCAUUACAAUACGUGUGAAAUAGUCCACUUUGUGCUAACAUGGUGCCAGGUUACAUUUGAAUAUAGAGAAUAUUUAUUCUUCAUAUACAAGUACAGUGAACUUGUAUAUAUCACUAAUAGGUGCACACGUUACAUUGCAGUAGGGAGAUAUAGCAUGUUCAGUUAUGAAGAUAUUACAAUAUCGGGCAGAGUAGACAGAUAUAUCAGAUAAAGGGCCCAGUGAUACAGGGAUUGUAUUCUGAGUAAGAGUUCGUGUUUGUGUAAUUUUUAACUCAAAACAGUUUAACAAAAGUAAUUUGUUUAAAAGUGAGAACACUCCAGAAUAUUUAUCUAGGGGCUUUUACACUUUCUAUGUAACCAGUCUCUGCCUAUAUCUCUAGCAAUAUAUAUAUUUUUUUUUAAUACACAUACACACAUAACAUUGCAUGCUCCAGACUUACAUUUGGUUAAGUGCUCUUCAGUUUGGCUGAUAAAGGUACAGUUGGAAACAGAGUCCCCAAGAAUGCAUGUUAUAUACUGCAUAAAAUAUAUCUUUGUUUGGAUUCUCCCCUUGAAAGCACAAUCUGACAAUCUGCAUAUAGUCCUUGAGGAGCUCACAUGGAUUUUUUAAUUCUUGGGAACCUUUAAAGGGACAGUAUAGGCACCCAGACUUCUUCUAAAUCACCUUAGGAAAGCAUUGAGUCAAUGCUUUCCUAUGGGAAAAGCCUAAUGCAGGCGCAGCGCUUGCCACGUAUGCGCAUUAGAUUCCCCCAUUAGCUGAUGUCGAUAGAGGAGGAGCGCAACCCGGUGCUGAAAACAGGUAAGUGAAUAAAACCCUUUCAUGGGUGGGAGGGGCAGAGGAUCACUUCAGCUUUUUUUUAUUCCUAACACUAAAGUGUUCCUUUCAACUCUUGGAGGCCAGGCGACCAGGCAUCUGCAAUACAUAUUAUAAGAGAGACAGGAAAGCAACUAGCACUAACACAAUAGCAGCGGUACUCCCUAUCAUAUGGGUGCAAAAUAAACCCUGAUCCCUGGAGUCCAGUUUGAAAGAUUCCACAACAAAACAACAGCACACCAUAGUAAUCGAAAAGCAUUCAAUUUCCAGCAACAAAGCGGCUAUAAUUGGAAGGCUUACUAGGGAAAUAACCAACAGAUGAGCUCAGUUAUGCUCGGAAGCCAGCUUGUGAGUCGUGAUGGUAAAUAUCACAGAACUAUUUUCUAAACGUAACUGAAUUCAACAGCAUCACGGGUAUUUACUCCGCUUAGUAAAUCGACCUGGUUGUGUCUAUGAAUUGGCCCCCCCAGACUAAUUGGCAUAUGUUUAAACCUCGGAAGAAUUAAAGUCGUCAAGGAUAGUUUGGCUGUGCAGUAAGCCGAGCAAUUUAAGCAUAGUUAUGUAUACAUGUAAAGAAAACAAAAUGAAACAGUUACAGUUUCAAUUAAGUCCGACAGCAAUUUUGUUCUAAAUGUUUUCACGUAAAUUAAGACUGCGCUUAAAUGUAAAGAGAUUCUGUCAUGAGAAGUUCAUGCAAUAGACCUGUGUGACUCCAAUGGUGCUUUUUUUUUUUUUUUUUUUUUUUUUUUUUUUUUUUUUUUUUUUAUUCUUUAUUUAUGUUGUGGAAAUAUACAGGGCAUACUGCCACAUUUCAACAUUUCCCACAAUUUGGAUGUUAGAAAGGUUCAUAAAUCCAUCAAAUACAUAUAUUGAAUAGUUGUCUUAAAAAGAAACCUCGCUGGAAGGGCGUGCAAGGGAGAGGGGAACCCCACUUUUCUCCUGCCCUCACCUUUAUUCUUGUUUACAGCACACAGUCUCCCCCACCCAUCUAAGGCUACCUAUGUCACAUAGCGGGUAUAUGUUUUACACAGGCACACAUCAUUUAGGCAGGAGCCAUAAUGUCACUCGUCACUACUAACAUCUUCCCUCUGGUUGAGUCAAAAGACAUAGAAAGUGGGUAGGUUGCUCUAGGGAAACGCUCUCUUAUAUAGAAUGUCUAGGAACAAAAGCAGUAAAAGCAAAAUAAUUAAAUAAUAUUUAAGAUGCUGACUACGAUACGGUACACAGAAACUCCAAUUGAGGCCCAGCAGGCCACCUAUGAUUGCCCUCUCCUGCUUAAGGGACCUAUGGUGGGUUCAGCCGCUGGUGCCUGCUUUUCUCCACUUCCACUCCAGACCCACGCUCCUGGCCCGGGGGAAGGCCUUCAGUAAUCGGAGCCAUAUGUCCACCCGCUGCAGCCGACUGUACUUGCAGGAGUUGAAGGGCAGCUAGAAAUUUUGCUGGGUCCUCUGUUGCUGAGCUCCUGUUUUCCUACCCGGUCUGACAGGAAGUGGUCACAGAGAAAACAUGACUAUUUCCUGUCAGACCGGGUACAGUGAGUAGGAGCUCAUCCACCAUGGUCUGCCUGCUUGGCCCCGCUACAGCAAGGUACAGGGAGGGCGGGGGUGAACACAGGGAGAGCGGGGGGGGGAGGGGGGUAAAGUAAUGGGACUCAUAUAUAUAUAUAUAUAUAUAUUUAUUUAUAUAUAUGUAUGUAUAUACACACACACACAUAUAUAAAUACAUAACAGGUAAUAUAUUCAACAAUGACCAUUCUGUGCUGAGGUAUAUUGCCAUAGAUCUCUUAAAAGAUUUUAGAUUGAAAGAAGAUUUUGACUGUGUCCCUGAGGUUAUUCCAUAAUUGCGGUGCUCUGUAGGAAAAGGAGGAUCGAGCAACUUUAUUUUUGUAUUGCGGUAUGCUAAAUAUCGUGGAAGUACUGGAUGGGAGGUUAUAGGAGGUGGGAAAUGCUGGGGAGAGCAUUCUACUCAGGUAGGGUGCUAGGACACAUGGAGGGCUGGGAGGGCGAUAAUAGGACAGAUGAGGGCUUGGAGGGGGCCUGUUGGGACACAUUGAAGGCUGGGAGGGGACUGUAGGAACACAUGGAGGGCUAGUAGGGAGGGCUAAUAGGACACAUGGAGGGCUGGGGGGCUCAUGGGACACACGGAGGGGUGCUACUGAGAGACAUGGGAGGGCUACUGAGACACAUCCAGGAUUGGGAGCGGUUAUAAGGACUCAUGGAGGGCUGGGAACACACGGAGUGCUGGGAGGGUGCUAUAGGAACACAUGGAGGGCUAGUGGGAUACAUUGAGAGCUGGGGGGGCUAUAUGGAUGGAGGGCUAAUAGGACACAUAGAGGGCUGGGGGCUAAUGGGACACAUAUGGGGCUACUGAGACACAUGGAAGACUGGAGAGGGUGGAGUGAGACACAUGGAGGGCUGUGGGGUAAUGAGACACAUGGAGGGGCUGGGGAGUAAAAAGACACGGAGGUGUGUGGGGAGAAAGAGACAGAGGGGUUGGGAAAGGGGAACAGGAGACACAGAGGAGCUGAGGAAGACUGACAAGAGACACACAGAGGGGCUGGGAAAGGGGAGAAUGAGACACACACACAGAGGAGCUGUGGGGAAAGAUACACAUAGUGGUGCUGGGGCCUGGGAAAGAGACUCACAGAAGGUCUGGGGAAAGGGAGAAAGAGACAAUGGGGCUGCAGCUAAGAGACACAUGAAAGGGGCUUGGGGGAGACAUCUUCACUUGUGUCUCCUGCUCUCCCUCUAACUCAGAGUCGACCGGUGAGAGAAAGACGUCGUAUUAAAGGGACACUAUAGUCACCAGAACUACUACAGUUUAAUGUAGUGGUUCGGAUGUCUAUAGCCUGUCCAUGUAGGCUGAGCACUGUAAAUGCUACCUUUUCAGAGAAAAGGCAGUGUCUACAUUGCUGCCUAGGCACAUCUCUAGUGACAGUCACUCAGACGGCCACUAGAGGUGCUUCAUAGUCCAGUGCUGCACACUAUGCAUGGAGGCAUUGAUUGCUCCCCAUAGAGAUGCAUUGAUUCUCUAUGAGGAGAUGCUGAUUGGUGCGGUGAAGCGCAGCAAUAGCCUCCCAAUGCUUUCCUAUAGGAAUUGAAUUGGCAUUGACUGAAAUGUAUCCAGUUGUAAGCCAAAGUGAAGAGCACACUCUUAUUACUUAAAAAAAAAACAACAAGAUAACACUAAUUUCUUUCUGCUUUGCAAUAGCAUACAUUCACAAUUUCAGUCCAAUUGACCAAACUUUUCUUAAAAUAUCAAGAAAAUGGACUGAAACAUUGAUUAUAUGCAAAUGCACGUCUGCUUACAAUAAAUCCGCUCUUUUGUUUAUUUUGAAGCCCUAUGAGUGCUUUCUUUCACAUUUGAGUGAUAGUUUUCAGUUUUAAGUUGUUGUUUUUUUCCACUUCCAUAUCUGCACACUGUGCUGGCGCGAUGCAUUAUGGGGCUGGUACAGAAUAUUUUUCCAGGGCUGCUUUUCAUUCCUAGUCCAGCCCUGGACUUCAGAGGCAUGAUCUAUACACAAAAACUGCUUCAAUAAGCUACAGUUGUUUUGGUUACUAUAGUGUCCCUUCAAGUUUAAAGAUAUUAAUUCCUAUUUUUUUUUAUUCAGUAUUUACCACUGGCUCAGCUAAGUGUAGCAGAAGACAUGACAUUUUUUAGCUAGGAUUUCCUAACCUUAACCAUGGGACACUCUCACUAGAUUAAGUUUUAGAAAGUUAUAAUAAAUAACAAAGAACAUAUGUUUCUGCUUAUCUUCUCUAGAAAUGCUCAUUUAGUUGGCUAUCCCUAAAUGUGGACUGCCAAUGAGUUCUUAGGGGAGGGUAAGAGGAUUUCACAAAUAUUUUUUCAGCUUGCAGGCUAUUUACAGUCUUAGCAGGUCUAAGAUCUCCAAGUACAGAAGAUAUUCUAUAGAGCGUUACAAAUAAUGAUCACACUGGAAAAGCCAAGGCAUUGCAGCUGUAUUUUAUGUUGGAUUACAACUGACAACAUAAAAAUAAAUACAUCAAACGUUAAUGUAACUGUAAUGGAACUCUUUGUCUAGCCAGUCAGUCAAUGUUGCAUUGUGACUGCAAAGUCUGGCUUCACUCUUUAAAAAGUGAACAUUAAUGGUUUUGUUCUGAACUUGACGUGUUGGUCAUGUUAGAAGAGAGGGGAAUUUGUGUUAUUUGAGGAAUUCCUGACCUUCAUUUUUUUUAAUGCUUUAAAUGGAUAUUACAUUGACAGAACAAAGGCUUGGAUGGAUAGGAGAGGCUGAUCAGAAACUGAACUUGAUAAGCCCAUUUAGCAAAUCGAGCAUAUUCUGAGUAACUUAUUUGUUCACCAAAAUUCCUUCUUUCUAAUUUCUAAAUUUUAAAAGGAGUAAGUAAUUGAUAUGUAUGUGAAAAAUUAACUCCUUAAGGAUAGAGGCAAUUGUCCUACAUCUGAACCAAAACAAAGCCUAGAGUAGUUUGUUCCACUGUAAUUUAAUGAUCUCUUUUUAAGUGCCCCAGUGCAAGUUCAAAAUACCUCCUUAACCCUAAACAGAAUUAACCCUAACCCAGCAUUAACCAUUAUGUUAUCCUAAACCUAUCCCAACCCCUCCCUCCUAAACUGCUCCAAUAACACAGUUAUACAAGUUGUGCAAAGAUUUAUGGAAUAAGGUCAGCGCUUACAGUAGGAUGUUACUAGAUCAGGGUUAGGCAACCUUUGGCGCUUCAGAUAUUGUGGACUACAUCCCUCAUAAUGCUCUUACACCCAUAAUGCUAGCAAAGCAUCAUGGGAGGUGUAGUCCAAAACAUCUGGAGUGCUGAAGGUCGCCUAUGCCUGUACUAGAUCAUGCUGAUCACUGAUUUAUUGGGUAUUUCUCAAAGCUGGUUAAUACAUUACAAAAAUGAAAAGCUUAGUUCCAGCCUAGAGUGCCCAUUUAACAGUAAUUGUUCAAGGAACACUGUAAGCACCAUAUCCACUACAGGCUGCCGACACAGUCUGCUGUAUUGGUCAUGGUGCCAGGAUUGCCAUGGAGCCCUCAUUUUAAGUAGUCACUGUUUUUGGAACAGUUUUACUUUUUACCUGGCGUGCCCUUAAAGUUGCUCCCUGUCUCCUCUACAACUCAGCGAGAGUUGGAAGCUCCUGCUUAGGAGCAGUGCAUGGCUAGCGCAUUGUCUGAGAGCAUCAGCUGAUAUAUCUCCGUAAAUUUGCUAAGCCCUGCACCUUUGGACUUCGCUCAUUGACCAGAGCUUCUGGCUCUCAUUGAGCAGUAGUGGAAGCAGGGAGCAGCGUCUGGCAGACUGCAGGUGAGAAGUCAAACCAUUCUAAAAUGUUUUGACUCCUUACAAUGAGAAGGCACUGGGAUACUCCUGAAACCAUAACCACUACAGUGCACAUGGUGUGUUCUUUCAAAGAAGCUAGUGCUCACAAUAAGCAACCAUUGGCAAAAAAAAAACCAACUAAAAAGAGAACAUGGAUUGCAAUAAAAUAUAUUAAGAGAUUAUCUCCUGGGGUAUCAGGGUAGGUUAACUGUUACUAAUUUAAGCAGUUGUUCUGCCAUUCAUUAAGCUGUGUGUGUUCAGUCAAUAAUGUCGAUCACACUGUAAUUAACAGAUCCUUGAAUUAUUACAGUGUGCAAACAAAAGGCAGCCAUUAAGAUCCCAGUUCUCACUGCAUGACGCAUGCCAUAUCAUUAGCCUUUAGAAUAACUAGGGAAUAUGUGUUUUGCAGUCUCAGGCUCACUGCAGUUUUAUUGUCAUGGUGAUUGUUAUUGUUAGCGUUAAUAAAUCGCCAAUAUAUUGAGGGGGAGAAGGGACGGGGCAGUACAGUAUACAUCGACAGUGCAAAAGUAAAAGAGCACCCUACAAAUGGAGCGCGAUCUUGUAUUUAUAUUUUUCUUGUUUUGUUUUUUUUCUAGAAUAACAUGAUCCCCGCUGGUCUAACCUGGGAGGAGAUGCUGCAUCCAUUAUAUCAGAAGUACAAAAAUUACAUCACAUGGGGAGACCAGGACCUGCUCAAUAUCAUUUUCUAUUUCAACCCAGGUAUCUUUUCGGAAUUCUCAUCAUAAAUUGGAUAUGUUUGUUUUGUUUUUACCAGUAAUUAAAUACUUUUGAAACUAGUGACUAUAAGGUAAUGACAUUCAGGGCUAUAUUUUAUUUUAAGAUGGCCUUCAAUGCAGGGAAGAACAUUUCAGAAUAAUUAUUUGAUAGUGCAAUUUAUAGCUUAAAUGUAUUGAUUAAACAUAUAAAUAACAUUUUCCAGUUCACCUAAAUCAGAUCUUGCCAUUCUUAUAAUAUAUCAACGAGAACAUUAAACUGUGUGCUGCUUGUACCAUCACACAGUUUGCUGCACACUCAGAGGAAUUGCUGUUGCACAGACCUAUAAGUGUGUCAGCUUGACAGCUGAUGUAACUCCCUGCUGCCCAGUGAGAUGUACGGGCAGUGUGAACAAGGCUGAUAGGAGGAGGCAUAAAACCUUGUCUCCACCCUUUCAACACACACAUUGUGCCAACUCUGAUUAGGCUUUUGAGAAAGCACAGCAGGGCUCCCAACUAUGCUAUGCUACAAAAGGUGGGAAGACAGAUAAGGGAGGGAGAGCCACACAAAAAGAAAGGGAAAGAGCCACACAAUAGGAAGGGGGGAGUGCCACACUAAAGGAAGGGGGAGAGCCACACAAAAGGAAGGGGGAGAACCAUACAAAGGGGUAAGAGCAACACAAAAGGAAGGGGGAAGAACCACACAAAAGAAAGGGGGUGAGUGUCAGGAUUACUGUUGAUCAAGCACACAGAAUUAUAUCACACCUAGGACUAAGGAUAAUGUCUAACCGGACCGUAGAGUGGCCGGACCUAACGUACCAGGUCACUGAGAAGGUAAUUUGAGUUUAAAUACCCCUCCUUUGGCUGUAAUUGUCUGCCUCCGACCUCUGACCCCAAAACGUGCGUACGCAUCUAUGACGUGACGUUGCACGCACGUUGGUGCCUUCUUUGGUGUGGGCGAAGGUAAGUUUACUAGAAAGAUCCAGGCCGCAGCAGUCAGUGCUCCUAAGAGUGGGAACCGGACUGGAGGGAGAUCGGGCAGUGGUCUGCUGUGAGCAAGUUAAGCAAGAAUUGCUUCUGUCUCCGCGGUUGCUUACUUUAUGUGCAACCACGCCGGCAGAACCACCGGGAGCCGUGACAGUACCCCCCACUUGAAGACCACACACCAGGUGGGCAAGACCAGGCUUGAGGGGAAACCUAGCAUGGAAAGAACGGAUUUUGCGGCCUGCAUGUAUGUCUGAAGCAGAAACCCAAGAACGAUCGGCAGGCCCAAAACUCUUCCAAUCAACAAUAUACUGCUGAGCCCCUCGAGAAAACCUGGAGUCUAGUAUAGAGGAGACUUCACACUCCUCCUGUCCAGAAACAACCAAAGGUGGGGGGUGGGUCAGAAGGGGUGGUCAGUAGGGAUGCAUGAAACGUGUUAGGUAUACGCAGAGAGGCGGGGAGAGCCUGGGAAUAAGACACAGGAUUAAUCCUGCAAAAGGACCCGAUAAAUCUGGGUGUGAACUUUAUGUUAGGAACCUUGAGUUUGAUAUUCCACGAGGAAAGCCAUACCUGAUCACCCACCUGGUAAAUAGAGUUGGCACCACGCCGCUUAUCAGCAUGCAUUUUGAAAAGAGCAGCAGCUGUUUCUAAAGCCGUCUGGACCUUACUCCAAGUCUCACAUAUACAUGUGAGAUGGUCAUCCAGAGCGGGAAUAGCAGUUUCAGAGAACACUGCAGGGAGGACAGUAGGAUGACGACCGUUGUUAACAAAAAAUGGACUAUGUCCAGAUGAGUCAUGGGUUGCAUUAUUUCUAGCGAAUUAGGCCCAUGGUAGUAAAUCAGACCAGUUUUCUUGAGUGCCAUUAAUAAAACAUCUCAAAUAUUGUUCCAAUGAUUGGUUGGCUUUCUCAGCCAUACCAUUGGUAUGAUGAUGAAAAUGAUAAUUCUAUACCCACCUGUUUAUUAAAUGCUCUCCAAAAUCGUGACACAUAUUGGGAACCCCUAUCUGACACAAUAUUAAGCGGAAUACUAUGCAAUCUGACUAUUUUGCGUAUAAAUAUAUGAGCCAGCUCUAGGUAAGAAGGUUUUUUGUUUUUUUUGGAAUACUGGGUAUAGGAAGCAGUUGGAAUAGCGAACAAGGUAGUUUAUGGGAAACCUUAGAAACCGCACAAAUAGUACAUGCCUCCACAUACUCCCUGAUGUCCUUUCUAAGAGAUGGCCACCAAAAUGACCUGAAAACAGCGGACACAGUUUUAUUAAUAACACUAUUAGUACCUCCUCUAUUUUUAGUAACUGAAUAAACAAUCUAUCUUGAGGUUUAUCACUAGGUGCCUGAGUCUGAGCUGCCAAGCUAGCACAAAGAAGAGGAGAAGACAAGGAAAGGACCAUAGAGGCAAUGAUACAUUCAGGUGGUAUGAUGGGAGAGGUUUCUUGUUCCGCCUCUAGGUCAAAUUUCCUAGAUAGGGCAUCCGCCUUAACGUUCUUAGUACCAGGCCUGUAUGUAAUGAGAAAGUUAAAGCGUGACAAGAACAAUGACCAUCUAGCUUGUCUAUAAGACAGCCUUUUAGCAUCUCCAAUGUAUGCCAAGUGUUUAUGAUCAGUUAUGAUCAGAAGGGGUUCCUUGGAACCCUCUAAAAGAUGCCGCCAGUCUUUCAGAGCCAGGAUAUUGGCUAACAAUUCCCUGUUACGUUCUGCUGGCGACAACUUUCUAGAAAAGAAUCCACAAGGAUGCAAAGGGGUAUCCUAACUCUCCCUCUGAGAAAGGACAGCCUUGAGCCCUGUCUCAGAGGCGUCUACCUCUAGUAUGAAGGGUUUGUUAGUGUCAGGUUGUACCAAUAUGUCAGCAGAAGCGAAUAAAGAGAUACCAAAGAAAAGAAAAAGAGAAGAAAAAAAAGGAAAGGAACACAGAGACGUGCAUGUGGUGUAACAUGGGAUGAGAGAGUUGCAAUAGUACGACUUAAAAGUAAACAUGGGAGUUUGUGGUCAGGGGAUUUACUAUCCCUCAUCAUAUAGGUCCUCCUUUUGGCAGCUGUAACCGUGCCAUGCAUAUUGUCUCUGGGUUCAGUCCUUGUGCAGGGUCAGGUGGUUAGAGUCUGUGGGUCUCGUGCUGAUUGUUCAGGAGUGGUGCUGUCCUCUGGGUCCCAGCUCUCCGGUUGGCUUACGAUCCUGGAGGUGAGUUGUGGGGGGCUGUAGUUUCACUGCCCUUAGGAAGGUGGGGGCUCUGGAUGGGGAUGCUAGGUGGUGUGCAGUCCCGUUGUGAUGGACGAGCAGCGCGCCCGUAUUCCCCCACCUGUAGGCUACGCCUGCAUUGCGCAGCACGGUUGUCACGGAUCCAAAGGUCUUUCGCCUCACAAUGUGGCUCUAGUAACAUCCUGGAAGGAGAGCUGGGCGCCCUUAAAAGCCAGCAGUGUUUUUGCCUUUUAUGGCAGUCAUUAUUUGUAUCUUGUCGGAUACCGUCACCAAGCGCAGUAUAACAACAGUUUUGAUAUGCGUCUGAUGUUGUUUGUCCUCCAGGUACAUAAUUUGACCAGCUAGUACAUGUUGCUCUGCUUGGACUGAGUCCUUGAGGGUGGACACUGUGUCCUGAAUGUUAGUGAUGUCUGCCUCCACAGCUUCAACCCUUUCUGUUACGCUUUGUAUGUCAGCUUUAACCUUCGUGACGUCUGCCACCAGCAAUUUUUGUAUGUUGAUCAAGAGGGCUUUUAGGUCCCCUUUAGAAGUGGGGGCUGAUUCAUCUUGGGGUUCAGGUGUCAGCGGAUGUUCCGCCGGGGGAGCCGUUGUCAUGGCAGGCUCACCUCGGUCGGGUUCAGGUACCGGGCCGGCGGGGGAUCGAUGCGUGGUGUGUGCUGGCUCUGAUUGUGCAGGCUGAAGCCACAUCUCCUCUAUAUCUCUGCCUUGCAUGUUGGGGCCAGCUGUGGCUUGGUGCGAACGCCGGCCCAUGGCAGUGGGGUUGGAUGUGAAGUGCUCUAGGAGGCUUCCGCUGAGGUAGGCCUCUAGGCCCUGGAUUGGCGUUGCGCGGUAGGCCGCGGAUUGGGUGCCUGGAAAAAAGGCAUCAAUCGGUGCGGUACGUAUUGCUGGUCAGUGCUGGGUGUCUGUCGAGGGUCGUUGGCUGCCAGGCUUCCUCCCCUCCCACCCCCCCUUUGAAUGGCUUUUAACCCAUUAGGCAAUGGCCAGUGUAGAAUGGCUUCUAGUUUGCGAGGGUCCAUCUGAAAACCAGAGGCCGAAAUAUUAUAUCCCAGAAACUGUACCUCUGUCUGGUCAAAAAUGCAUUUCUCAAGUUUGCAAUAAAGCCGAUUUUUAAGCAAAGUUUGCAAUACCUGCUUCACAUGCUUAAGAUGGGUCUGGGGAGUAAAUGAGAAUAUCAUCCAGAUAAACUAAUACAAAAAUAUAAAUGAAGUCCUGAAAUACGGCCGGAGCAUUGCAUAAGCCGAAGGGCAUGACAAGAUACUCAUACUUCUCGUAUUAAAUGCUGUUCUCCAUUCAUGACCCUCUUUAAUCCUUACCAAAUUGUAAGCACUCCUAAAGUCGAGUUUGGUAAAUAUCUUUUAAAGUCUGUUAAACAGUUCUGAGAUAAGGGGAAUGGGAUAAGCAUUUUUGAUGGUUAUCUUGUUCAAUGCCCUAUAAGCGAUACAUGGGCGUAACUCUCCAUCUUUUUUAGAAAAAACCCAAAAACCUUAUACCAGCAGGUGAAGAAGACUUACGUAUGUGACCUUUUAGAAAGACCCUUUGAUGUAAUCCUCCAUAAUCCUACUCUCCUGUGGAGAUAAGGCAUAUACUGCUCCCUUAGGGGGCAUGGUACCUGGUAACAGAUCUAUGGAGCAAUCAUAAGAUCUCACUCUUUUAGUAAUGGGUAAUAUUCAUCUCUCACUACAGUCUUUACCCCCAUUCCAGUAUUUCCCCCUUAGCCCAGUCAAUAUGAAGAUUGUGCUUAACAAGCCAUGUGAAUCCUAAUAUAAUGGGACAAGAAGGGGAAGCAAUUAUCUGAAAUGUCAUGAUUUCUGUAUGUAACACUCCUAUAGUAAUAGGCAUAGUUUUGUGGGUAAUUAGAGGUUGAGAGAGAGGUCUCCCAUCAAUGGCUUCGACGGCCAAGGGUGAUGCUCUCCUUGAUGGGUAGGAAGUGUUUACUGGCAAACUGCAUGUCAAUCAGGUCCAUCAGGGCUUUGUAUGAAAAACUUUUCUUGUUGCAUAGAGCAGUAAUAUCAAGGAGAAAUCUACUUUGGGUAGUACCAGAAGACUUAUCCAUCACAACUAAGACUUGUCCCCUUAUGGUUCUUAGGUGCGGAUGUUUUCCAGACAUAUGGGACAAGAAUCUCUCAUAUGUCCUUUCUUGCCACAGUAUAAGCAGAGGCCCUCUUUUAUCCUAAACUGUUUCUCUGCCUCUGACAGUCUCGUAACCCCUAACAGCUAACUGUACAGAAAGGCCAGGGACCACGGGUCUGGAGAAGCAAAGUGCCAGUGACAUAUUCAUACGUCUGGUUCUAUUUCUUGUUAUCUCCCUGUUCCUAAGUCGGUUAUCUAUAUGCAUCACGUACGUGAUGUAUUCAUUUAACCUCUUUGGUAGUUCUUUGGCUGCAAUUUCAUCAAGGAUAGAUUCGGAUAUAUUAUAAUGAGAAAAAAUGAUGGGCUUGUGGUUGCCACUCCUAAGUUUUACACAGGGUGCACAAAGGCCUAAAGUCUACCCUGCUUUUUACUAUGCGUUUCAUGUUUGUUUGUAUUUUCAGUAUUAUGAACCAGACUUCGAAAAUACAUAAAGUCCUCUAUUUCAUAUUUUUCGAUAAGCUUUUCAAAUAAUUUAGUAUUUUUAUAAUUAUUUUUUCUAAAUCUUAAAAUAUCAAAAAAUAUUUAUGAUAUAUAGUGUGGGACCAUACUUUGCUGCUCUGAAACGUAACAUUUUCAUCAGGUAUCCACGGGAGCAAACCCAGAAACACUUAUCGCUGGGGGAACUCUAGGGGAUCACUCUAAUGCCUUAGUGAAGUUCAUGUGGUCACAGCCUAUGUCCAACCUAUGUAGGAAGACGUGACUGACCUCAAACAUGGCUUAGCAGUUGUGGGAGAAAUCUUGCAACAACUAAAAGCCUAACAAUCCACCCUAACCCUAAAGUGGACACACUAGGCGACAGAGUCAAAGACAGAAUAUUAAUAUCAGAUGGGUGUCCGAUGUGGUUUCCCUAGAAGAACUCCCACAUUUUCUUAGGUGGCUGAUAGCCUCUGUGCUGACCAACAAGCAAGCAAAAUUGAUUACAAUGCAUAGGGCCUAUCGGAUUGGUAGGUCUCCCCGGGCACCAGUGUCCUCCUCAAGGGACAUUAUACCUAGAUGUUAAUCGUACGCAGAUAACACAUUGCUCUAAAUUGCUGUGGGACAAAUCAAUGCAACUCAUUACCAAGAAACCGACAUAACAUAACACUAGUCUACGCCCUGGGCACUUCUGGUCUCUAGAGAAGAGAAGACAUACAAGGCUACAUCCCCUGAGGAAGCUUCCAGUUUCUUCACAGCUCUCGGCCUAAAAGAGUCUCAUCCCGCAGCAGGACCUGUGGCCACCCAUACCUGAGACAUCCCGAAUGUGACACCUUUUGCUCUUCCAGGGGCCCUGGGACUCAGUAACCUAAAUACAAUAGAUGGUUCUGCAAGCAUUAGAAUUGUGCUUUGACCCACAGUUUUAUUUUUUGCUUUUUCUGCACACUAACCGUUGAACCACUAUAGGGUGCUAUUUAGGUAUUUGAGCUGUAGUGUGUGUGUGUGUGUGUGUGUAUAUAUAUAUAUAUAUAUAUAUAUAUAUAUAUAUAUAUAUAUAUAUAUAUAUAUAUAUGACUUGUUCUGUUGAUCCUGAGGAAAGUCCUAUAGGUGGACUGGAAUGUUGAUCUUAUUUAAAAUAUUUGGAAAUAAAGUAUCUUUGGAUUUUAUGAGGACUGUGAGUGCAGCCUUAUACAUAUAGUUCAAGUGGGUUUUUCUGUUUUCUUUUUUUCUUUUCUUUUUCUGAUUCUUUUGUAUCUUUAAGCAUAUGAACUCACAAACACAGAGAUAUACCAUUAAAAAAAAUAUUAUUAUAUCAAAAUAUUUUUAAAAGUUUACUCAAAGAUAUUAAAUAAUUUGAAAAGCCUAUUCAAAAAUAUUAAAUUAAGACCUAAAUUGGACCAGGGAUUAUCAAAAAUUAGGCCAAAUAACUGAGAUGAAAAAAUUGUCUAUUAUUUUGGCCUACAAUUUGCAAUCCAAUGCCUGGUUUCCAGUUAAGUGAAUAACCAUGAUUAUUCAGCUUAUUGUAAUAUUAAUAAGAAUGAAUUGCUCAGUUUUCCCAAUUAUCAUAUCGAGGACAUGUUUCUGAUUUCAGAGAACCUUUAUGUAUUUCCAUGUCAGUGGAAUUACCGCCCUGAUCACUGUAUGUAUGGAAGUAAUUGCAAAUCCGCAGAGGACGAUGGUGUGUCUGUUCUGCAUGGGAACCGUGGGGUUUAUCACGACGACAAACAGCCAGCCUUCAAAGCAUUCUAUGAAGUUAUACGAGAUGUAAGUGUGAGUUUUAUAUUGCUUCUGAUGUCUAGAAUGGGUUUUUACCAAGCACCAAAACAUAUGCUAUAUGGACAAAAAUAUUGGGAAACACCUCUUAACCUCAGAGUCAAUUGUCCAAGUUCUGAACUAAAUCAAAACUAAAUUUGCGCUACAUAUCUGUUCAACUAUAAUUUACCUUUUUCAUAUUAAAUGCACUCUCACUUAUUAUCAGCUGUAUGUGUGUGUGUGUGUGACUAUACCUAUAUAUAUAUAAUGUACAGAUGCAUACAUACAUACUGUUAUGUUUGAUAACAUAGCUGCCCUAUCCCCUCACUACUGCCCCGUCUGCACCCACUACAGCCCCUAUCCCUCCCCUACACCUACUACAGCUUCUGUUUCCUCCCAUGCGACAACUAAUAAUAUGAUUAAGUGGUAGACAUUUUUUGUGCCCCCAGUUUUGACUGUGGCGUCUUUUGUGCCUCCCAUCCCCGUGUACUGUUUCUAGAAUCACCAUUGCUUCAUGGGUAGUGAGAAGAGCCCAGGUCUAAACUACGGAAAGACACCAGGGCACAUCAGCUGUACUGGUUAUUUUACUUAGAAAGACCCUUAUAGUAAACUUACAUAUUAUUGAUAAAUGUACUAGUACUUUGGUCAGCAAGUUAAUGUUUUGCUCUGCAAUGUGCAACAGUGUUAUACCAGCAUGAUAGUCAUGAAUUAGAUUUAAAAAGAAACUCUUAUUCUCUGCUUAUGUCCAUAACAGUAUCCGUUUGAAGACAAUCUGUUUCAAUCCAUGUAUUACCCGCUCCAGACAAAAUUUCUAGAAAGUGUUCAUACGUUAUGUGGGAGAAUCCCACAGGUUUUCCUCAAGCAGAUUGAAAAGACUAUGAAAAGGAUCUACGAGAGGAGAGUUAUUGUCCAUGUGGGACCACGUGUACGGGACUGAGAACAUUUUCAUAUUAUGUUGCAGGACCAAGUGAAGAGGGUGGAAAUAACAUUCAAGGCUUCUUUACAGAAUUUAGAAUAUUUUGGAGCACAGACAAUUUUUUUUAAUUGUACGGAGGCCUAUUUUUCACACCAAGGGGGUUAUUAGAAUUGUUGUGAAUUCCAAAUUUAAUUUGUAAUUACCCUGAAAGCAAAACUAUAACAUCUCUAUGAAUGACUGUUCCUCAUUCCCUCACAACAGUAAUUAUAUUAACAUGCUAACUGUGAUGAGCAAUACUGUGGAGGUAAGUAAAAAUCUUCACCUUCACUGUACUUUUAUAUUGAGGGUGAUGUCACUUCCCAUGAUGCUUCAGACGAGUGAAUGCUAAUUCAAGCAUCUCAUCCAUUGUGCUGUUUAUGCACAUAAACCAAUUUACAUAGCAUGCCUUGGAUUUGCCAGGACAGCGAAGAAUACAGUGAAAAUGAUAAGAUAAACAUUAUUGUGACUUUUUUAAACUAUUUGUUUCUUUCAAAGAAGCACAGACCAUACCACUAUCUUUUAGUUAACUAUAUGUGUGUGCAAAUAUUUCACUUAUGGCCAUUUUGCUUAAAGGCUUCCUAGCAGUGUUGGAAAAGUUCUUCAGCUUUGCUCUCUUAUCUCUUCCUAUAACUGCAUCACCAAAGGGUUGCACUGCAUAACUACUUCCUUUUUAAACAAAUUCAUAUUUAAGUUAAGCUUAUUAAAAAAUUUUUUGCAGUUUUAAGUUUGGUGCUCAGAAGGUGUAUUUUAGAAAUGAGGGACAGUUAUUUUCAUAAACUAAACAAAAACAAAAAAAACAUUUUCAAGUUAAUAUUGAAGAAAGUAAUUCCUAUACCAAUCCUCUAUUGGUAAGGUAAAGUACUCCCAGAUGUUAACUAGUUGAUAUACCGGUACAUUGUGUUUGAUAACCAAAACAGCAAUAAAUUGUAAUUCUCCCCGUCUACCACCAAAACAGAAACACUGGCUUCUGUUCACGUACAGCUUCAUUUCUGGCCGUACUCUGCACUUUUUCACAGUAUGUAGUAAUUGAAAGCGCUGUGUUUACUGCUAGAAAUCCAAUACGUUCUCACUUAACUGACGUUUUGUAACCACGAUGAUCAGAGUACAGGGGAAAAUGAUUAAGAUGUUUGUUGUCAAACAGGUUAUGAUUUAGUGGGUGCAUAGCAAAAAGCCCUGUAUUGAUUCACAGAGAGCUGGCACGCCUCGAUUGCAUGCUAGGAUUUGAGCUACACAAUGACAAAAUAAUUCUGUGGGGCCCGUUGCCACACGUAAUCGGCAAAGCGGUGGGGACGAUUAAUGCCGGUGGGAUGCAAACAGUCCAAAGCUAGUUACAGAGUAAUCAAUUCUGGUCAAUAAGAGCUCUCUUUAAAGGCACAGCUAAAACUGACACAUCAUACUAAUUAUUCAAGCUCUGGAAAACGUAACUGCCUAACAAAAGUGUUCUCUAAUUGUAUAGAAAAUGUAACUUGUACAUUUCAUUUUUCUAUUCUGAGUUUUGUUUAUGUUACCAUUUCAUUCAUACUGUUUCUGGUUGCUUAUUUUUGAAAUGGAUACAAACCCAAGAGGCUGCAGAUCUACAGUUGUUAAAGGACCACUCUAGGCACCCAGACCACUUCAGCUUAAUGAGGUGGUCUGGGUGCCAGGUCCAUCUAGGCUUAACCCAUUCUUUUAUAAACAUAGCAGUUUCAGAGAAACUGCUAUGUUUAUGAAUGGGUUAAGCCUUCCCCCAAAGCCUCUAGCGGCUGUCUCAUUGACAGCUGCUAGAGGCGCUUGCAUGAUUCUCACUGUGAAAAUCACAGUGAGAGCACGCAAGCGUCCAUAGGAAAGCAUUGUAAAUACUUUCCUAUGCGACCGGCUGAAUGUGCGCGCAGCUCUUGCCGCACGUGCGCAUUCAGCCGAUGGGGAGGAACGGAGGAGGAUCGGAGGCGGAGAGCUCCCCGCCCUGUGCUGGAAAAAGGUAAGUUUUAACCCCUUUCCCCAUUCCAGAGCCGGCGGGAGGGGGACCCUGAGGGUGGGGGCACCCUCAGGGCACUAUAGUGCCAGGAAAACAAGUAUGUUUUCCAGGCACUAUAGUGGUCCUUUAAGAGGCACACAAUUCUAUCAAACUUUUGCUUAGGUUUUGAGCAAAAGUUCAAGCAGCUCAGUCACUUGAAGGGUCUAUCUCCUUUUCUAAUGUCGCCAACUUCCGCCUUAUCUCCUUGUAGUUACACUUACUGCGUCACCGGUGCCAUCCAAAAUCUAAGGAAGAAGCCCUGUUAUCCUUCAUAGAUUAUCUUGCACAUAGACAAAGAAAUGCCCUAAACAUCAGCUGUGUAUUGAGAAGAUCCCUAUUAGUAUUGGCGAUCUACUCCAGUGAGAUCAACGGAGAUGGCAAUUGGUGUAAAACUGUUUUUAAAGAAACAUGCCAGCUUUAUCUCCUUCCUCCGUUUUUAAUUAUACAACACUUCAGCACUAUUAGAAAAAAAUAAGCUUUAUUUGGUGUCAUAAAUGUUUACGAGGUUUCUUGAGUAAUUAUAAUGCAGUUCCACUCAGAAGCAGGAGUAGAAGUGUUUUUAUAUUUUUUUUAUGUAUGACUAUUUCACUUUAAUAAUUUUAUAUCAGUAUUCAUAACACCAUAGGCAAAGUGAAUACAGCAGAGAAGUGAGCUGUUUGGAUUGUACUGCAGUGAUUGGCAUAAUCCUAUAGUUGACAGAAGCAAGGCUAACCUAUUUGUCAGUACACAACACCUCCCUUGUCCCCCAUAGGAAAGAACAAUGUCAAUCAGCUUCUGCUAAAGCAUGUUCGGUUCUAUUUUAUUAGAACAUUCCGUCUCAAUCUGCUCCUGCAUCUUAUCUACCUGUUGCAGGUAGCUUGCAAAUGUUUAGGGAAAUUGUAGUUUUCUAGAUUUUCCAAAUACAAAAAUAAAGGAUAUCAAGUCGUGUGAUAAACCACACAGAUUACUGCAUGCAGAAAGUCUAUUAUUAUGGAUCGGUAUAAACAGUAAACAUAUACAUUACAUUCUAACAGACUUUAUGGUUACAUUUUAUCAGUAAUGUUUAUAAAAAUGAGUAACUUUUUGUAUGUUUUUUGUAUGUGAAUAUGCUUUAUACAGAAGAGUUUUAUUUUAUAUUGCUACUGCAAGGCUUUAAACUGUAAAUAACUUUUUUCUUCAGUUGUAAAUGUAAUCGUUUUUCACACUAUUUUUUAUUUACCCUGUAUAACUGGCAUUCUCUUGAUAGGAAAUUUUCAUAGUUGUAUGAGUCCCAUUGUACAGCGCUAUGGAAUUGGCUGGCACUAUAUAAAUAAUAAAAUAAUAAUAGUAUUGAGGCAAACAAAAUAAUUUAUUCUUGGAAGCUCCCAUGGUGGUGGAGAGGGGGGUAGUUCUUAGAAUUCCAGUUUUUACAUCAGGCAUCUCCCAAAAGCAGCCAGCAAUUGGGAAAACAGAAAUGUGUGUCUCUUUCAUCAUUCACUUUUGUGUAGCCCAAACGUGUAUUUGUCUGAUUUUGUUCAGGAUGUCUCCACCCUCCAACAUUACUACAACCACUGAUAUAGAAUGGAGCUGCUGCCAUAGGUGGUAGGAGAUCUCCAGAUAUGAAAUACUAUAUGUGUCAGAGGACUUGGUGGGUUCCAGGCUUCGGCAGGAGUGGUGUGUACAUUGCUCUGUCCAUUCCCUUGCCAAUUUUAGAGGCUGGCUGCUUUUCUCUGACCAGCUCCCCCCCAUCCCUGGACAUUCCUAAUCUCAUUUAGGGUCAAGAGUAUGAGAUCUGAGAAUCACAAUAGGGAAAGAUCUCUUGGAAAACAUUAAACAUCAUUAAAAUGCCCAAUUCUUGGGUGUUUUUUUCUUCUUCAGAUGUUCAAUGUCUAUAUGUUGAUAUAUAACAGGUCCUGCAGAUUUUUGUUUUCCUGGAAAAGAAUGCCAUGUUUCCUUUUUUGCCCACUAUAUGUAAACGAUGUAGCUCUAUGCAUGUGUGCCUAAUCGAAUAUAUAUUUUCAUUUGUCCCAUAUGCAAAAUAUGCUAAAAUCCCUACUUUUCUUCUUAUUUGAACAUAUGCAAGCUAUUAAUGUAAUAGGAUCCUUUUUAUCUCUGUGAGUUCAAAUGUAAGAGCAAUGGCCAACAAAAAAAUCUAAAUCCUACAACCCAGAUGUGGCAUAUGUAAAUCAGUAUAGAACAUCCUAUUACUCUGCAUGUAUAAUUUUUCUAAAGGAACACUCCAAGCACCUUAACCACUAUAGAUCACUGCUGUAGUUAUGGUACAUAAAGUCCCCUGGUGUCCUCCCAUAUUAGAUCGAUUUGAAAUCUUACUUGGAGUCCCCCAUUAGUUGCUUCCUGUCUUCUCUCAGCAAUCCGACUGUUCUAAAAUAGUUUAAUUACUUUCAAUGGGGGGAAGGGGGGUGCUCUAUGGUGGUUAUGGUGCUUGAAGUGUUUCUAUAAGAAAUUUUAUUUUGUUUACUAAAUGGUGAUUUGUGGUAAACUUAUAAAUGUGCUGCCAAGUUCAUGCUACAAAGCUUGACAUGGAAAUUAGCAAAAUUGAAGACUAUAUUUAUUUUGGCUUAUUUUGUCUGUUACCUACAUUUAAUUAAAUAGAGAGUAAAUCCUAUAUUGUGUUUUAAAAUUACAAUUUUUAGAUGUUUUUUUUUUCAGUAUUUGCAUUUUCUUCAUGAAACUGGAAUCAUAAAAAUCAAUCUCUGGCUGAAAAUAAAACAUCAGCAAAAUGUAUGUCUCCCAGGGAGAUGAGAAAAUAGAUGUAAUAUCUGUAAGAUAACAGACUCAAGGCAGAGUAACCCCUUUUGAGCUAGUGAUGCACAACCCAUUGCUGGCUGAUGUGUUGUGAAUCAUGUUGGCUUGUUAAAGGUUUUGUAAUUCCAUUGAGAUUGUGUAUCAAACCAUUUGUGUAAUUUUACGUUUUGUUUUUUUUCGGUGGGGGAGGGGGGUUGGAUUAUGUUUUGAAUAUCUCAUUUAUGUAAAUAAAGUAAUAAGUGUGUAUGCAAAUAUAUUUUUUGUCAGCUGUCUUCAUUGAGGGUCAAUUUUAAAAUCACUCCCAGGAUAUAUUUUCAAUUUUGGUUGUCCUUAUACUGAAUUAUUAUGGCCUUAAAGCUUGAAAUUUUUCAAAUAAAUGUUAACUGUCAUUUACCUAUGAAGAACAAAUUAGAGUCUGCUCUAUAAGAGACAAACACUUUCUUUGAGAGGGAAAGGGACCCCUAAUUAUCCUUUCUCACUCUGCGGGACGUAAACUCCUAACCAACUGGGAUUAUAACAUCAGUCUUCC